GUGAAAUUGUGCUGUGGAAAACCACACACCUUGUUGGGCUGAUUGCCAGACUACCACAAACUAAACAGGGGGCAGGGAGAUGGAUACGAGUUUUUGAGGAUGAACUGUAGGAAAAUGUUGACUACACCAGACAUGAAAGCUGUCUUGGCUAAACUGCUGGGAACUAAGACGAUGGAGGAGUUUCUGCGCAAGGCAAAACAAGGUUGGAUGACGUAUCCCAUGAUAGAUGGGAGUGAGUUCAAUGCAUAUUGUGAUGUGAUGUGGAGGGUGCUGCCAGAUGAAGAGCGGAGACCGAAAGAACAGGAAAAGAACAUUCAGCGGAAGUUGAAAUAGCCACCUCUAAGGGGGACACUGCAAAAGAGACCCAGCGAUGCAGACCGUGCAGAUGCUAACUGCGGUAAAACCUGUGACAGUGACCUGUUUAAUCACCUGUUGUGAAUUUUUAUCCUCAGACAGAACCCUGCUCCAUAGAGAGGAUAUAUCCCGGCAGGGGGAGAGAGUGGAAUUCUGACGGAUGUGUGACGUCUAUAGACCUGCUGGAGAUGUGAUCAUACCAGACAUUUUUGACAACUGCCCAGACCAGGGACGUCUCUGGCUGGAGCUGUGGUGGGGAGCCCCAGCCCAGACAAUGUGAAAGUGGUGGCUUACUACAGUGUGAUUUUUGUGGAUGAUGGAAAAAGUUAAUUGUUAGUUUUAAUUUUAACCCUGUUGACCUUAUAGACCAAAGAGCCCUAUGUAGAAGUAACAUUCAAAUUUGGUGCUCACUGCAAGGUGUGUACGUAGACAGUUAUGGUUUAUUGUUUUAAAGUAAAUAUCGUGACAUUAGCAUUGUAACAUUCCUGUUCUGUUAGUUUAAUACUGAUGAAUCUAAAUGCAGCUGUGCUGAAUCCACACACACUCCUCACAGAUGUGCCACCUAAUGUAAAAGUAAUAGGAAGCUAUCAAAGGCCAGUAAGGCCACAGAAAAUGGUUUAGAGUCAAAUAACUAGUUUUUGUACCAGUAGUAUUAACAAACGAACUUAGGAUCUGACUUUCACAGUGAUUCACACUGUGCAAGGGGGAAGAUGAUGAGACAAUUAAAACGACAUUUUUAGAAUAUGCUGACAAUAGUUGAUAAACUUUUGGGUCAUUGUGAUAUGUGUUUUGUUAGAUGAAUUGAAGAGAACAAUAAAACAGUAGUGGGACACUGUUCCAGUUCCAGAGAGACGCUUUUAGAAAUCUAUUCAUAGGCAAUGUGGACAUGAUUAAAACUGCCAAGGGAUAUGUUACAUGUUUGUAAUGAUGACGGAUUCAGUCGAUGGAUAGAAGCAACACCAUCAAAAGAUCUUGGAGUCAAAAUAAAUCUGUCAUUGAAUGAUUUGGUACAUCAUUUUGGGGAAGAAAGUUAAUCUCUCAAGUAAAUAUCUGAUCAGAGAGUUUGCACUAACACUAACCUAUAGGAAGAUGCUUUUGCUACUUGCGCUUAUGAGCUUUCACAAUCAAAAGCACUGAGAAAUCUUUCACUGCAUGAUUGACUAACUUACAAAGCUAUGCUUUACUGCGGCUAAAUAAUUAAGUUUUUCGCUUGAGCAGCUGAAAAUUAGUGAAUUAAAUAUAUGAGGCAGCUAACUACGAUGCAAAGAUCUAUCGAUUAGUAGGAGGAGUGCCAAAAUCUGAUCCCAGUCAAGAGGGGGAGGCCAGUCGAGCCAGAGCACCAGGUGUACAUCACCAUCCUUUGAGGAGGGUGGCAAAAAGAACGAGGAGAAGACCUGAACACUUUGGUCCUGGUGAAUCUACUUCAGUGCAAGUAGAGGGCGUCAUCUACCGCUGACUGCCCAGAAAAAACAAGGGAAGUAUGACUUGAUGAGAGACACUCCCAGAAUGACUGUAGCACUCGUCCUGAAAGUAACUGUUUUCCUGGUGUUGCUGCUGAGGGACAAUGUGUGGAGAGAGACCGAGAGAGAGACUGGAGACAACAAUGAGGGUGAAGGUCAAACUGGUGCCAGUACAGCUGUGAGAAGAAGAAGUGGGAGACAUUGUUAUCGCGGGUGAGUACGAUGCAACCCAAAACACAAUCCACACCACUCCAGACAGAGCUAGAACCCAUGCCAACAUUCACAGAUUAUUACAGAUUUACAAUGAGGUUAAAUAGAUAAUAAAAUUAAAAAGUAUUUUGUGUGUGGUAAUGUGAGAAUGAGAGAGGAUGUGAAGAGAAAAGAUGUGUCUUAAAAGGUUUUGGAAGUACUGUUGCAGAUACGUUUCUAACAAAACGAGCCCCUGGGGGAGGUUUUUCUAAAGCUAUGAAGGGUAUAAAGAAAAGUUUAAAGUGGAAAUGCGGGAGAAUGCUGGUAAGGGGGGCCUGUUGAUGGACUGAAAGUGGUGAAGGGUAAAGAAAAGUUUAAAGUGGAAAUGUGGGAGAAUGCUGGUAAGGGGGGCCUGUUGAUGGACUGGGUGGUCCAAAUUUUAGAUGAAUGAGAGCCGUUUUGGCCCAGCCAUGAGUGCUGCGAUAGCCCUAAUUCUGAUUUCCUUUCUCACAUGUCGCAUCGUACACAUCCUUUGGAGACAUUGUUGGAGGCUGACGGAGGAGAUGGGACUUACGGUGGACCUAACACUGGCCCAUGAACUACAGGAAAUGCCACCAAAACAGCUGGCACAGUUUGUGAUUGAUCAAGGAGGGACUGAGGGACCUGAACGGUUCCUGGACUUCCUAGACGAAGAUGAGCAAUGGACUUUGAGCAACACAAACAACAUAUUCAAUGAGCUGAGAUAUUGAACUGAACAUGUUUCAUUCGCAGAGUUAAAGGACUACACUAAUCACACAUUGAUCAAGGGGUUAAUCAGAUAUUAAUCAAGGGGUUUGUCGCAGGUUGCUACAAUGUAAUGUAAUGAUAUUAUCAAAUGUGGACACUUUCUUCUAUGCAAAUGAAAUUAUGUCAGCGCAUCCAGGAAAUGGAUGGUCGCCAGGGCGCGGGGCCGUAAGAUUCUUUCCCUGCUGAAACAGCCGAGCAGGGUUUUCAGUCUUACGCGCUGAUAUAAUUUGAAACGAUCCAAGCUAUGGUAUGGUGUUUAGUGUUUGAUAUGAUGAUUAGGUUUUUGUGAAAGUAAGAACUUUCAAAGGGGGGAUGUGUAGGGGAAUGUCUUCAUACAUUUAGGUUAAGAAAUAUAGAGUAAUUAUCUUUUAGUAAGAAGGUACAAAUAAUCUAGGUUGGCCUGCUCCUGCUGCCCCACGACCAUGAGAUUGUAAGCAAGGCUGUCUUGCAGGAGCCCAAACUAUCUGUCUGUUGGAACACGUAAUCUCUGCCAGGGUCAAGACGAACCUAAACAAAGUGUCGUGGGGCAGACAUGUCAUCAUGAGGGGCCUGCUGGAGAAUACACACACACACACACACACACACACACACACACACACACACACACCUAACAGCAUAAAAGAGAGAAUAAGAGAAGCUAGAGGGGGCUUCCUUGGGUCUUGGUCGAGACUCUGUUUGUCAUCUGUACUAAUUUCUACAUCUGUACUAUUAAAGACGCCCAGGCUGUUCUUCAGAUCUCAUCAUGUCUCCUGUACAUUGUUUUACUGAGUUUAUGUUGGACGUUCCACAACAACUGCUGUGUCCAGAGAUGGUACUGAUUCCUCUCCACACUUCACAGAUGUUGCUGUGUUAUAGAUUAUUCUCUAUCUUCUCUUUGUACUCCAGCUUUGCCAUCUUCAGUCUCCUUUUCAACUCUUGUUCCACUUGUUUGAGUCGUUCUUUCUCACCAUCUUUUAAAGCUUUCUUUUGCUUUUAUGUCUCUUGUGAUCCAGGGUUUGUUGUUGGGGAAACAGCGAACAGUUUUUGUGGGUAUGACUGUGUCUCUACAGAAGUUGUCAUAAUCAAUAAAGCAGUCAACCUGUUUAUAGAUGGUCAUACUAUCCACAUCUGUUUCCAGCAGCACAUUCCAGUCUGUUGAUUUGAAACAGUCCCUUAGUGCUUCACUGGCUUGAGGUGUCCAUCUUCUGAUUUCGACUUUGGUCACAGGCUGCCUCAGCACACAAGGUCUGUAACAGGUUUGCAGAUAGACCAAGUUAUGAUCUGACUUGCCCAAUGGUGGUAAGGCAGUGGCUCUGUCGGCUUCUUUGACGUUGGCAUACAGCAGAUCUAGGGUCUUGUUUUCUCUAGUAGGACAGUUCACAAACUGUGUGAAUCCAGUCAGGUGAGAGGAGAGGGUAACAUGGUUGAAGUCUCCCGAUAUUAUUAUUAGUGCCUCAAGGUGUUGAGUCUGUAGCCUGGCAACACUAUUUUGGAACACAAUAUGGCUGAAGAGCAACUGCCAACAGUUCAAUAUCUGGACAACACAACUUCUCCUUGACAGUCAUGUGUGAAGGGUUACACCAUCUCUGGUUGACAAAUAAAGCCUGACCUCCUCCUUUCUUCUUGCCACUAGCUUGAGCAUCUCUGUCUGACCUUAUGGGAGUGAAGCCAGGUAGAUCCACACUGGAGUCCGAGUUGUUUUGAUUCAUCCAGGUUUCAGUAAAACACAGGAAACUGCACUCACAGUAUGCUUUCUCAGCCUUCACCAAUAAUUUCAGCUCAUUGCUUUUGUUGGGCAGAGAGUGGACGUUUCCCAUGAUGAUUGAUGGAAGAAAGGGUUUAUAUCACCACCUCCUAGCAUUCAGCUUUGCCUUCACCUUUGCACCAGCAUGGCAACUGCGAUAACACCUCCUGAUUUCCUCUGGAAUUGUAUGUUGUUGUCCAGAUUUGCUUUUCCUCAAUGAAAGGAGCUCUUCUCUUGAGUAAACUAUUCGCCCGGCAGAAGUAUGCAUCAGUAGCCAACAGAAUUACAACAAAAAUAUUUUAAAAAUCUAGCAAAAAUUACAGAUAACACAGAGAGACCAGACUUGCAGAAACCUAUCGGUUCAAGUGCAUCGUUUGAAUGUGAAUAUAAAGGAAAGUAUAAAGGAACACAGUAUAUAUUAAUGUAAUGCUCUACAGUGCGAUAUAAUGAAUAACAACAGGCUAUGAUACAGCCUCAUAUGACAGGAUACAGCCUGAUAUAAUAGGAUACAGCCUAAUUUGAAUGGAUACAGCCUGACACGAUAGGAUACAGCCCGAUAGCAUAGGAUAGAGCCUGAUUUGAUUCAGCCUGAUAGGAAAUUAUACAGCCUGAUAGGAUGAAUAGGGUACAAUCUGUCAUGACAGGAUACAGCUUGAUUUAAUACAGCCUAAUAUCAAAAGAUACAACCUGAAAUAACAGAGCCUGAUAUGAUACGAUGAAGCUACAAAAUAACACAGCUUCUGCAGUAUAAUAGUAUAAAGCUUAGUAUACAACCUGGAAGGAUAGGAAACAGCCUAAUAGAAUAGAAAAGAAUAGGAUAGAAUAAGGUAAGAUAUGAUAGGGAAGAAAAGUAUAGGAUAAGACAGGAUAGGAGAGGAUUGGAUUGGAUUGGAUAGGAUAGGAUAGGAUACAGCCUGAUAUGACAGUAUACAGUCUGUCAUGAUAAGAUACAGCCUGAUGGGAUACAGCCUAAUAUAGUAAGAUGCAGUCUGUCAUGAUAGGAUACAGCCUGAUAUGAUAGGAUAGUCUGAUAUGAUAGGAUACAGUCUGUCAUGAUAGGAUAUGAUAGGAUAUGGUCCGGUAGGAUAGGAUCAACUCUCCUACUGUACGGACAUGUACUGUAUCUUGUAUCUUGAAUAGGGUUGCUGUUUAAUUCGGCAUCCCCUACAGUCUGAGAAGUUUGUAGAAACCUUCAUCAGAUGUUUUUGCUCCUUUGACCCAGAUGUGGAUACACAGUGAACCUUUAAAAUCCAGAGCUCCAGGCCUCUCUGUUUGAACCUGAGCUCACACACCUGCAGCUGCAGGUGAAGAGAUAUAUUGGGCAGAGAGGGUUAUAACACUGCAGCUCUCAGGAUGAUAUAAUAGGAUACAGCCUAAUUUAAAUGGAUACACCCUGAUAAUAUAGGAUACAGCUUGAUAUGAAAGUAAACAGCCUGAUAUGAUAAGCUACAGCCUGAUAUGAUAGGAUACAGCCCGAUAGCAUAGGAUAGAGCCUGAUUUGAUACAGCCUGAUAGGAAGUAAUAUAGCCUGAUAGGAUAAAUAGGGUACAAUCUGUCAUGACAGGAUACAGCUUGAUUUAAUACAGCCUAAUAUAAAAAGAUACAGCCUGAUGUAAUAGAGCCUGAUAUGAUACAAUGAAUCUCCAAAAUAACACAGCUUCUGCAGUAUAAUAGUACAAAGCUUUGCACGAUAGUAUACAACCUGAAAGGAUAGGAAACAGCCUAAUAGAAUAGAAAAAAAAGAAAAGAAUAGGAUAGGAUAAGUUUGUAGAAACCUUCAUCAGAUGUUUUUGCUCCUUUGAGCCAGAGAUGGGGAUACACAGUGAACCUUUAAAAUCCAGAGCUCCAGACCUCUCUGUUUGAACCUGAGCUUACACACCUGCAGCUGCAGGUGAAGAGAUAUAUUGGGCAGAGAGGGUCAUAACACUAUAGCUCUCAGGUUUAACAGAGAUCAGUCAGACCCUAAUCUGAACAUUACUGUCCAUGCAUACCUCCUCUCCUCUUCAGAUCAUGUUUUAUUCCUAUAAUCCUAUGCUCUUGCUCUGCUCUGAGUGAAUGUAAACCCACUUGCUUCACAGCUGAGUGAAACAGAACCUGCUGUUGUUACUGUAAGAGUUUAUGUACCACAAGGGGAGGGGGAGAGUUGAUUAAACUGCUCCUUUCCUGUGCACUACCGUACCAGCUUUGUUUUUUGAAUCAUUGCUGACUAAUCAGAGCAUUAGCAGCGCUCUAAGCAUGUAACAUCAUGUCAGAUCACCUGUGCUCAAUUUCUGUACAGAGCCUGUGAUGGACUGUGACUGCUUCAAUCACAGCAGCAGAUUUGAAUUUCACCAAGACUCUCCAGCUCCAGCCUCCACUGGAGAUUUAUGCCCUCAUUGAGGAAACUGCAUUCACUCCCUGUCCUCAGUGUUUGGCAUCUAUUACACUUCAUUAUUAUCUGCUGAGGCCAUGCAGCGCUGCCAUAAAAAGGAAAAAAAGGGAAGUGGAAGUUUUUGUGAAGAUUAAGGCAUCAAUCCCUCCAUCCCUGCUGUUGCAAAACACUCAGCAGCUCCUGAUUAUUUCUCUUCUCCUCUUCAGCCUGUCUGCAGGUGAGCCCAAGUUUGCCUGUACAGACUGUCUGUAGGUGAGCCCAAUUUUGCCUGUACAGACUGUCUGUAGGUGAGCCCAAGUUUGCCUAUACAGACUGUCUGCAAGUGAGCACAUGUAAACUUUACACUUAUACUGUCUGCAGAUGUGAACAGGUUUAUGUAAUGCAGUGGUUUGGUCAUCAUGGUAUUGCAUUGAUUUAUGUGAUUUUAGAUCACAGGCACUAACAUGUUUUGGUGGUGGGUGAAUAUUUCUGCUCCAGCUUUAGACUGUCCCUUUUUGUCUGUGUCAGUGGCUUAUCACACUUACCAAAUAUGUCCCUGGUCUGUGGAGCUCCUCAAGGUUCUGUCCUGGGCCUUUUUUCAUUUAUCUUGUACCCACAACCUCUUGGCCACAAAAUUGGCACCUUUAUAGGCAUUCUUCCCACUGUUAUGCAGAUGUUAUCCAUUCAGACUUUUUGUUUACACCUGAAAACACCUUAAAACCAUUAAACUGUCAGAGCCGCAUUUGCACCAUGAAUAUUUGGAUGGCAGGAGCAGGUACAGAGGCUCCUGAUUACUUUGUGCUGAUAGUGAUGGAAAAUCUUGGUCAGUUGUAUAUGUUUCAGUUAAAUCUUCUGCAGUCCUGUAGGUUCAUUUGGCAGAGUGAUCCAGAUAAUUUUAAUCCAAUUUCAGAGCUUCUCUUCCUGAACCAAACUAAGAUAGCAUGACCAUUUAUAGACAUCCAAACCAUCUGUAGAUAGUCUUUAAAAUCUCUGAACUCACAUGGUUAAAACUGUUACAAGGAAACAAAGCAGAAAUGUUUCAGUGAUGACAGAUUUAACUGUUCAGGGACCUUUAAAUAAAUGGCUGAGAUGACAGAGGCAGCAGCUAAGCUAACAGCUGGGACAUCAGAGGGAGCAGGUGAUGUUAGGGCAGGAGGAAGGCACGACGCACACACAUGCUCACUCACACACACAUGCACAGCCCCCCCGCUCAGUCAGCAGUCUCCAUAAAUAAUCUUGCAGCAAUCUGCCUCUCCCUCCACUCUCUUAUUAAUUACUUUUAGGGCCAAAAUCAAACAUCUGUCAUGUUAGAAUAUACAAAUUAAUUAUGCAGUGUCUACCCAUCAGCAGACUCACAACAGUGAACCUCAGAGGGACCAGGAAGAUAAGAACAGGAACUUUUUAUUCUGUUUGGUUCCAGAAAACUCAUGGGGGGGGGGGGGUUGCUUCAUUCAUAAAGGUUUUCUGAUUCUCUUUGCAGACAUCUUUAGAGAAUGAACCCAGAGAGGAAAUUGUGAUGCUUACAUUUUUAACCUGUGUUCAUCCAGAGACAGUCAGCUGAUCAGAUAUGCUCUAACGUUUUCUUAAUCUUUGUGACAACAUGACAGCUUUUCUCUGAGUUCAGAUCAGUUUAGUUUUUAAUGUGCCCCCCUGGGACACCACAGUCCAUCAGUCAAAACCCUGAGCUAACUAAUGCAGGAAGCAGCUCUUAAGUAACUCCACUGAGAUCAUAGGUUUAUAUGUGAACAGGCUGCAAACUGACGUCUUCCCUUCUUCAGCAUACCUCAGUAAAAUAUAUUUUCUCUGUCUACUUAAGCAAACUUUAGGGAAAAAGUCCCCUGUGAAAAUAAAAGAAUCACUUUGGUGAGAAACUUUUGUGUCAUUAGAUCCAAAGAAAACAUGUAUUCCCUUGUUUGUCUACCUGUAAAUACUCAGAUUAUCAAAGUCUCUUUACUCCUUUCGCUCAUUAUUUAUGCUCUUAUUUAAAAAAAAAGUCCUCCCUCUUCUCUUUAGUAUACUUUAGGUUAGAGGAAAAGACAAAGUCAAAUAAACAAUCCUCUGAGUGAGACAGCGGUCUGCAGCGUUAAAGCGUCUUUCUCAAGCUCGUAAUAGUUUGAAUCAGAGGACAGUCCUUUUAGCAGAGCUGUCCAAACAGAACAUGGACCAUCCAUGCUUGUUACCUCAAACACCUUGGCCACCAAAUCUGGUCUAUUUCAAAUUCAAAAUUCAAAUUAUUUUAUUUGUAUAGCACUUUUCAUACAUAGGAGUAGCACAAAGUGCUUUACAGAAUGAUAAGAUAAAAAUAAGACUAAAAACCCCUCCCUCCCACGCCCACACACAGAUACACGAUCACUUACACACGCACACCCACCCACACACAAACAUACACACACAGGACAGCGCUUGGUUGUUUUGUUUUGCAUUUCGUCAUUUCGUCAUGGCUUUGUACCGAGGGUCCCGGUGAGGAAGAACGCAUGAGGAGACACUGGAGCCAGGGACUAAAAGAUUAAAACACAUAAAAUAAUAUUUUAAAUAAAAUCAGUUAAACGCUAGAAACUAAAAGAUUAAAACGAAUAAAAAUCAUGUUUUAAGUAAAAUCAGUUAAACGCCAGACUAAAAAGGUGUGUCUUUAGCCUCUUUUUAAAAAUAUCAACAGUCUCUGCGGCCCUGAGGGUCUCUGGCAGGCUGUUCCACCGGUAGGGGCCAUAGUGGCUGAAGGCAGCCUCAACGUGCGUCUUUGGUACCGGCCUUUUAACUGUCCCACGAACCACGACAGAGGACCUCAGGGUCCGUGAGGGCUGAUAUGCUAAAAGCAGGUCAGAUAAAUAAGACGGCCCAUGACCAUUAAGACAUUUAUAAACCAGCAAAAGAAUCUUAAAAUCGAUUCUGAAGCGGACGGGGAGCCAAUGCAGUGAUUUCAAAACGGGUGUAAUGUGCUCCUGCCCUCUGGUCCUCGUCAGCACACGAGCGGCUGAGUUUUGUAGUAAUUGUAAGCUACUAAUGCUUUUUUUGGGAAGACCAGAGAGCAGGGCAUUACAAUAAUCUAGGCGACCCGAAAUAAAAGCAUGCAUGAGCACCUCCGUGCUGGCUUGAGAUAGAAACAGGCGGACUCUGGCUAUAUUCUUGAGAUGGUAAAAACCUAUCUUCGUGAUGUUCUUAAUGUGGGGAAUAAAAGUGAGCUCAGAGUCAAAAAUAACGCCCAGGUUCUUAACACAUUGUGAGGGUUUAAGAUCUUAAAAUCUAUUUGAUAAACAUACAACUCUUGAGUCUAGUGCAAUUGUUUUUAGCAGUCCUCCUAUCCUGUGUGUCACAAAGACAGACCACCUAAGAAAUGCACUGCUUUUAUUCGUGAAUUUGCUGAAUUUUUAUCAAUUUUACACAACUCCUAUAGCAUGAUUGUUUUAACAGGUGAUUUUAACUUACACAUAGAUAACUCCUCUGAUCAGAUUUCCACAUAGUGUUUAAAUGUUCUUAAUUAAUUAUAUGGAUGUUAUUCAACACGUCACACAGCCAGCUCACAACAGAGGACACACACUGCAUUUGUUCAUCACCUAUGGCCUGUCCACCAGUCCAGUGUGUCCUCAGUUGUUGAGCUGGCUGUCUCUAACCACUACUGUGUGUUUUUUAACAUCACUGGUUUUAUCCAGCAGGAGACCUCUGUGAGAACUGUGAGGAAGCGCCAUCUGACCCCUGAAGUGGCAGCAAAUUUUAUUGAUGUUUUAGAUAAAACUCCAUUGUUAUUUUAUUAUUUUAUUUUAUCAUUUUUAACAGUAGGAUUUAACGGCCCUUGAACUGGUUGCUCCACUUAAAAUAAAAAACAUCGUACCCAAAUCCAUACCUCGAUGGAGAAAUGAGGAGCUACAGCUGAUUCUUUUAGGUUUAUUACAGUGAACAAGAUGUGGUGUCAGUCAGGACACAGGGAAGGAGGAAACUGGCAUCUCUUCUUAUAUUGGUGCUUUAUUCUGACAUGUGCAUAUAUGUAUAUAUAGUUCUGAAAAUACAAAACAACAAUAAACAAUAUUGUUUAUCAACUCAACAACUUCCUUCAUGUGUUCGCAGGUACAGUAAGAAUAGCUCCAUACAAAACUAUCCUCUGUAUAUUUAUCAAAAUCUAACAAUGUUCAGAAUGCAUCCACAUGACAUAAACUCUGAGCUACACAUGUGCCGCUCUCUGCUGAAAAAACACAAGCACUCGCAGAUGGUGCACGUCAGUUCACGUAUCGGCUCUGAAGGAGCAAUUAAGGAGUUAUAAACAACAACGACAUUCAUACACGUGGAACAAGAUACCGCUAUAGAUAUCACAUCACGAUCCCCAAACAAGGCGAGGAUUAGACACAGAAGUGAGAGAUACACACGUUACCACCGACAUCUUAUUCUAACAAACUAACCAGGCAAUAAAAAACCACAGGGAUCUGAACGAUACUCAUUAUGUUCAUUCACUAAUACCAGAAGUGUCAGAAUAACUCCACUUAAGGCAUAAACUUCAACAAACGACAGGGGAGAACAAUCCAUUAACAUGGCCGACUGCUAUAGUUAUUUCUCCUUCUCCGCGCCGUAGAGCUAUCACUUCCUGUAGCAGCAGGGGGAAGGGGCUGUGCUCCCCCUUUCAAAAUAAUAGCCUUUUAUACACUGAUGAUAUGCAGCUCAACAUCUCUGUGUCUCCUGAUGACACCAGGCCAAUGGAUGCUUUUUUUAACUGCAUUUUAGAUAUCAAAUCCUGGGUGGCAGAAAACUUUCUCCAGCUUAACCAGGACAAAACUGAGGUUUUAGUCAUUAGUCCUGAGGCCCAGAGAGAGAAACUUUUACCCAAACUACGAGCACUGUCUUUUAAUCCAUCACCACAAGUAAGAAACCUGGGCGUCAUUUUUGACUCUGAGCUGACUUUUAGUCCACACAUUAAGAACAUAACAAAAAUAGAUUUUUAUCACCUAAAGAACAUCACCAGAGUCCGCCCUAUUCUCUCUCGGGCCAACACAGAGACGCUAAUGCAUGCUUUUAUUACUAGUUGUAUAGACUAUUGUAAUGCCCUGCUUCCGGUCUUCCAAAAAAGAAUAGUUCAGGUUUACAAUUAUUACAAAAUUCAGCAGCACGUGUCCUAAAGAAGACCCAGAGGCAGGCCCACAUUACACCAGUUUUAGAAACAUUGCAUUGGCUCCCUGUGUGUUUUAGGAUUGAUUUUAAGGUUCUUUUGCUUGUUUUUAAAUGUCUUAAUGGUCUUUGGCCUUCUUAUCUUUCAGAACUGCUUUUACCUUAUGAACCUUCACGGACCCUGCGCUCUUCUGGCAGCAGUCUCCUGGUCAUGUCAGGACACACACUCAUGGUGAGGCGUCUUUUCAAUAUCACGGCCCUUGUCUACGGAACAGCCUGCCGGAGGACCUCAGGGCCAUAGAGAACGUUCAUGUUUUUAAGAGCAGGCUCAACACCCACCUUUUUAGCUUAGCUUUGACUGAAUAUUUGUUUUAUCUUCAUUUAUUCUAGUUAGCCUAGGUUUGUUUUAUAUUUAUUUUCAUUUAUUGUAAUGAAUAUGGUCUAUGUUUUAUUCAUAUUUCAGUUUUACUUGUUUUUAUCCAUUUAUCAUUUUUAGGACCCCCAGUGUUUUCUCUGAGGGAGCCCUCGGCACCGGGAGCAGUGGUCGCUUGUGGUUGCAGGGGCUGCUCACGGGGUUCCUGGUGGGAGGUUAGUGUCUGCCGCAUCUCUCCUCUGGCCCUCUGUCAGUGUCCUGUAGCUGUGGCUAAACUCUGCUCCUGGUGCUGAUGGUUCCUCUGAUGGCGCUUUCACAACUGGUUCAUCUGUACUCAGCCUCAUGUCCAUGAUCUUAGUGUGUGUAUGUGCGGGUGCGUUGGCGUGUGUGUGUGAGCGAGUUUGUGUGUAUAUGAGUGUGUGUUUGUGUGUGUGUGUGCGUGUGUGUGUGUGUGUGUGUGUGUGUGUGUGUGGGGGGGGGGGGGGGGCGAAAGUAUCCCCCCUCCCUAACUCAGCUCCUCCCAGCGGCAUCAGUCAGCCGAGACCUGUUUUCACCAAUCACAUAAGCUCCUCUCCUUGCCUUUAAAUCCGCCACCGGCGAGGUGUAUUACAAUUUUCGUGAACUAGUCGAGGAGAUCAAGCGAUGGCUGAGUGACAGUAAUGCCACACAAUGGCAACAGAAGGCAGCCCCUCAACAAGUGUUGCUGUAAGUACUGCAGAGGGCGUCCUGCACACUGUCUCAUAUAAGCACAGAUGGAUUUGGUGUGUGUAAGGUUGGACCCACUGGUAAGACAAACACCCUUUUCCACAAAUAAAGACACUCACAUAAAGUUGCAUAUAUUUAAACCUCACGUGACAAAGGUGGGCUGUGCGCACAGAUCACAACAUAAAUUCCAAUAAUGGCAUUAAAAUUGGAACCAUCUGUGCGUAAAAAACGCAUCACGCUCCGUGGCCCGGCUCUUUCUUCCAUAGAUGUUGGUAUAUAAAUAAGUUGGCUCACAAAACUGAAUAUUAUAAUAUUCGUAUGUAGGCUUAAAGUGAAAAACUCAUCUGAUCACAGAAACAAAUCAUCUGUUUAGUUGCCACAGCAGCAGCUGCAGCAGGACGGGGAGAGGACACGGAGACAUGUCCAGGUCGAGGUGCGCGAGAAAUAAGAGGAAGAGGAAUAAAGAAAAGGAGGGAGAUGAAUUACAUAUCUUGUUAACUUCAUCAUGUGUGUCUAUUUACUAGAUAUUUAAUUUGAUUUAAUGAGCUUUCAGCUGUGUUAAUUGGUCAGGUUGAGUGACCAAACGUGCGCCAAAUGCGCUCAUCAGAUCAGAUAUAGAUCAGAAUAUAUCUAUAUAGAUCUAAAUGUAUGUGCUCACUCAGAUUAUUAGUUGUUGAUGAUUAUUUAUUGCACUGAAAUGUGCCUGACACUGUGGAAACCUGCCGGUGAGGCAUCGGGGACAUAUGCCAAUAGGUUGCUGGUCUACCAAAAUACCUUUAGACCAGCUGCGCUCCGCCUGAGCUGAAAGCUGACCAGGUUUGAAUCGGCGAGCUUUCAGCACAUUUUACAUGCCAGCGGCGAGCAUGAAAAUGUCACUGCGCCAGCUGAUUCUGUCGACACCUCCCUCUGGCAUGCCACCACGCCCAGCUUGGCGGACCUCAGUGUGCCUCAGUCCACGAAAAAACCAAACUAGCAUUUGGUAGUUUGGUACCAGAUGAAAUACCACUACGCGGGGUCCGCCACCCUUCGCCACAUCGCUGGCGGACACCAAAAUAGAGCCCCAUGACUUCAUAUCCAGUUCUGGUUUACAGCUGCUCUAAUGUCUGUGUGUGUGUGUGUGUGUGUGUGUGUGUGUGUGUGUGUGUGUGUGUGUGUGUGUGUGUGUGUGUGUGUGUGCGUGCUCAAACAGAGAUGAUCCUGAGGUCCACAUCUCUUCUGACAGGAGACAGCUGUCCGUCCUUCCUGCAUGCUGGCUCUGAAGUGUCCUGUCCCAGGAGGUCAUCUGAUGAAAGGGGAGGGCCUCCCUUCCUCCUCUCAUUCAGGUAACUCCAGCCCCUCCGAUAGCAUAGAUCCUUGCUGUGUGACUGGUUGACACCAACAGCAGUUACCCAUCAUGCCUCUCUGGUGAAGGGCCCAGUGACCUUGAGACCAGCCAGGCUUUGCCCCCUUGCUGGGCUGCAGACUGCUUUUGAGAGGAUGGAUGGAGGCUCAUUUAGAGAGGCUGGAGUCAGGCUGUAAAAGACUCUACUUGAGUGGAUCUCACUGUGAUGGUUUCAAAAAUGUGCUUGAAUUGUGAAAGGAUUGUGAGAUGGAAAUAUUUGUUUUUUUGCAGAUAUGCUAUGUGAUGAACUUAGUUUUACUUAUUGACCUUUCUAUAAUUCUACAGUGUUCUCUUGGGUGAUAGGAUGAAGUUCGUUUCGUAGGUACCUUUCUCUACCCUUACUCCUUUCUGCUCAUUUAACCAUGACUUAUCAUUGACAUCUCAGUUUUGUACCAUGAGUUUGACUAAUGUGGUAUUGCCUGAUGCCUGUUGCUGUGUAAAUCCACCUGCAUCCCGUUUUUGACUUACCAAAUAUGUGUCUUUUGGUGCAUCUGGAAGUUCCCCCUUAUGAUGAUAUAAGUGUGUACUCACUGAGACUGCCUCAGUGAGAUUUGGUAACUUAGACUGUUAGCACACUUUCUGUGUCUAUAUGUGCUAUAAAAUACAACUGACUGACUUGAGAAGCUUUGUUGAUUCUUAUCAAGAGACAAGAUAUUUCCAAAACAGUUGACUGUUAAAGCGACUGUAAACUUUCACCUGUGACUAUUUGGACAUGUAGGGCUCUAUUUCCAUGCCUCGCCAGUGGUGUGGCGCAGGCGCGGCAUAAGUCAGAUCCGCCGCGCCGACAAGGCAUGCCCAAGCACAUUUUGGUAUUUUGGUGAGCAGCGCAGCCCGGCGUAAGUAUCCCCCCACCCUAACUCAGCUCCAAGGCGUGGAGUGGGUUUAACACAGCCGAGAUCUGUUUUCACCAAUCACAUAAUCUCCUCUCCUCACCUUUAAAUUUGUCACAGGCGAGGUGCAUUCCAAUUUUCGUGAAGAAGUCGAGGAGAUCAAGCGAUGGCUGAAGACAGCAACACCACACAAUGGCGACAAAAAGUAGCCCUUCAACAAGUGUUGCGGUAAGCGCUGCGGAGGGCGUCCUCCACACUUACUCAAAUUAGCACAGAGGGAUUUGGUGUGUGUAAGGUUGUACCCACUGGUAAGACAAACACCCUUUUCCACAAAUAAAGACACUCACAAAAAGUUGCAUAUAUUGAAACCUCACGUGACAAAGGUGGGCUGUGCGCACAGAUCACAACAUAGACAAAUUCAAAUAAUGGGUUUAAAAUCUGAACCACCUGUGCGUAAAGGGCGCAUCAUGCUCCUUGGCCUGGCUGUUCCUUUCAAAGAUGUUGGCAUACAAAAUAAACUUGGCUCAUGCAACUGAAUAUUGUAAUAUCCGUAUGUAGGCCUGAAUUCCGCAAGCCGGCGACACGGCCGACACAUUGAUUUCUGUGACACAAUAAAAAUAUUGGUUCAUUUCAAUUCCUGCUUCUGUGUAUCUGUUGCGUUUACAUCUCUCUCCACAGUAUCAUAGGUAAUGUAAUCCAGUAUUUAGAGGUCAGUUAUGCACAUUACAGUUGUUUAUUGAAUAAAAAGUUAUCGAAAAAUGAAGUUAAGGGCGAAGUAUAAAUCACGUCUAAAAAUAGACUGAAUCCCAACGUUGAAAUGAAGUAUAAACUUAGACUAGACGUCUAAUAUACGUCUUUUGCUCAGUGGGAUGGCAAAGCAUGUGGACAUUUGUGUGACACGCCACUUACCCUAUAAUAAUAAUCGCCACCACCCGCUGCUCAAACGGCGUGAGGGUCUCCUCCCCCGGACCCCCACCUGUCUGGCCGGUACUCCUCCGGAGGGCAGCUGUACGCCGCUUGACCUCCACCUUGAAGUCCGACCACUUUUUCUUAAUCUCCGCUGGGUGCGUGUCUCGGAACCCACCGCAUUCACCCUCUCGCAAACUUUCUCCCACUCCAAGCGUUUUCGUUUUGCACUGACGCCACUGGACACGCUGCCAAACAAAACACGCUGUCGCACCUCCACCACCAGCACCUCCACCUCGCAUGCCGUAAAUUUAGUUUUUCCUUUUCAUUUUGUCUGCGUGCGAGGACAGGGAGACCCUAUUUAAAUAAAUCUGCGUAUUUAUAGGAGGGCGUAACGGGGGCGGGCCCAGUCACUCCGACAUCUGUGCUCAAUUCCAAGCUGAUUGCGCCCGCACACCUUGAUACAUACGGAUUUUUUUCAGCGUGACGGACCUUGCGUGCGCUCUUUUCUGGUAUGAGUCCCACGCAAGUGUUGAUACAUGAGGCCCCUGAUCACUAAAGUAAAUCACCUGGUUAGCCUUGCCACCGCAGCAGCAGGGCAGGGACAGGAUAUGGAGACAUGUUUGGGUCGAGCUGCGUGAGGAAGAAGGAGAAAAAGGGGGACGACGCAUUAAAUAUCUUGUUAACUUCACCAUGUGUGAAUGUUUACUGGGUAUUUAAUUUUAUGCGGUUUCAGCAUGUUGAUUCGGUCAGGUCGACUAAAAUGCCACUAGACCAGCUGUGCUCCGCCUGCGCUGAAAGAUGACCAGGUGUGAAUUGGCAAGCUUUCAGCACACUUUCCACGCCGGCGGCGAGCAUGAAAAUGUCACUGCACCAGCUGAUUCUGUCAACACCUCCCUCCUGCCACACCACCACGCCCAGCUUGGCGCACCUCCGUGCACCUUAGUCUAUGAAAAUAUCAAACUGGCUGUGCGCCGGGCUCUUCCAGACAAAAAUACCACUGCACGGGGUGCGCCACCGUCCACUGCGCCGCCAGCGGGCACGAAAAUAGAGCCCAAAAUGUCAAACCAGCAUGAUAAAUUCUCCAUUACUGCAGAACUCUGGGACCUUUCCUUCCAAUGUCAGUCAUUUAGGAUUGACAGGUUUGGAAUAAUAACUUUUAAAUCCAGAUUUUGGUGGAAAUAAUGAAACUCUUAUUAUUAAGGUUUCUGUUACAUUACUGAUUAAGGAAAGAAUAAGAGGGGACCAAAGACUGACCCCUGAGGCACACCACCAGUGGCUGUUUGCGUGGUUAAAUUUGGCUGCAGGCAUACCAAUUAAAAGACAGACAAAAAUAAGCUCCUACAGUCUGACUUUAAACAAUUGAGACAUCCCUAAAGCUAAAACUGAGAUUUUCUUCCCUCAUAAAACUAUAAAACUACAUUUUCCAGGUAAGUUUGGCACUUCUUUUAGACUUGCAAGAAUUAAAUUCAGCUAAAUGAACUGCAUGUUUUUAUCAUGUGUUUCAGGAGAGACUGAGGCUUUUUGUCACAUGGGUAAGUUGUCACAUUGCAAUUUUCUUUGCCACGUGAGGGUGCAACUAAAAAGUGGAAUACUAGUUUUCUUCCUUUACAUGGUCAGGGGUCGUGUCCUAUCUGAGAAGAGAAGAGCACAUUGUGAACUGAGAUGAGCGCCAAUUGACCAUUUUAACAACCCAAAGAAAAAAAAAUUAACUCAAUAUAUUUUAAAAUAAGCUUCUUCUGGAUAAAAAUCCUAGCAGUGGUACAUGUGGACUUGGAGGAGAGAUUAAGGCAUCUUGUCAUACCUCAGUCUUUGUUCUGUUUUAAGUUAACUUUAAGCUAGAGCUAGAGUUAGCAAACAUGGUAGUUUGGAGCAACAUGUCUCAGUCAUUUUGAGGUUCACUGUCACAUGUUUUAUAGGGAUUAAAAUUAAAAUAGAGAGUCAGCAUAUCAGCAGUUGUCAUAUUGAAACUUUGACUUUAUUUUUUACAGAGAAAAAAGUGGUGUAGAGAGAAGAAAGCGAGAAGACCUGGGGCCUCAUUUAUAAAGCUUGCUUAUGCACAAAACCUGGCUAGAAAGUGCUUACGCCACUUCUUACGCAAGAGUUGGGAUUUAUAAAAGAAAAACUAGUGUAGGAAUGUGCGCAACUUUAAGCAAACUCGACAGCUUGCUUACGCAGUUUUUGGAGACAAUCGGAGCAAGGUGAGAACAAUUGGUUAAUGGAAAGCGCACGUGUAAAAAGCCAUACAGUGACAGUCGUGCGCAAUGCAGCACAAGUUUCAAGUUUUAUUUGUCACAUGCCUAAAUGUACAGGUACAGCGGCAGUGAAAUGAAAGUGACGUCUGCGAUUGUGCCAAAAAAACCAUAAUAAUAAUAAUGUAAAGUCUGUUCAGAGGGUGUUGUGAAGUCGGUUAUGGGGUGUGUGUUAUGAGGAGUUCAGGAUCCGAGUGGCCUGGGGGAAGAAGCUCCUUUUCAGCCUCUCAGUCCUGGCUCUGAUGGAGCGAAGCCUCUUACCCGAGGACAGCCACUCAAACAGUCUGUGGUUCGGAUGGAGAGUGUUUGAUAAUCCGUCUUGCCCUGGACCUGCACCGCUGGGUGUAGAUGUCCUUGGAGGCCGGGCAGUGCUGUCCGGGUGAUGCGUUCAGCACAACGGAUGACUCGAUGCAGCCUUUCUGUCCUGAGAGCUGCAACUGCUGUACCAGGCAGUGAUGCUCGCAGAAAGCACAGACCCCACUGUGGCGGUGUAGAAAGUUUGCCAAUUUGAAUUGACAAAUGUGCAAAAAAAACAAAUUCCAUUUACAUGCAUUUGUUUUUAGAUUAAUAUGACUAAAUCUUUUUGGUUUACGAACUUUCACCAGAUAAGCAGUGGUGGAUAACGGAGCAGUUUUUUUUGGAACACAUGCAUGAGUGUCCCACGUGCUUGUUUUUUCUGAUCCUCACCUGUCGCCGCCACGCUCCGACGAUGCAAAGCCACUUUUUUCUUUGCCUCCACCUUUAGAUCAGACCACUUCUUCUUGAUUUCGGCACAGUGUUGUUUUCGUCAACGUCAUCGUCAACGAAAACAAAACUCCACGUGUUUGUGCGCACGCGUGUGUGUCUGCGUGUUGGAGGAGCACAGCAAUUACCGCCACGGCAACGGCGUGCCAUUCAGUGGCUUUUCUUUUAUUGGUGAUGCCACUCGAAUGGCCGCCGAAUAAGGUCUCCCGUCUCGCCGCCACCUGAAUUACAAGAACCUCCACCUCGGUCUCUGAAAAGUUUCUUUUUCCACGACUUGCUGAUGCCAUGGUUAAGCGUGAAAUGCCGUGGAUCCAUCAGGCUUAUUUAUAUGCAAAUCACAUUCAUGAGGCAAUUUGCAUGACCAUACAUGGUGAAUUUUGGGUGUGGAGAGGGCGAGGCAUGAAUCAAAUCCCUGCUGCGCAACUUUCCGGCUGGUCUGUGAUUUAUAAAGGGAAAGUGCGUGCAGGUGUGCGUAAGCAGGGUUUUAUAAAUCAGAUUUUUUUUUUGCCUACGCACUUUUCAUCUUUUCAACUUACGUACACUUUUAGUAUGGAUCCUACGCCAGGUUUUAUAAAUGAGGCCCCUGGUCAGGAAUUUCAAAAGAAAAACAGAACGUGGGGGUGCAGUACCUGACUUGAUGCUGAGGGCAGUCAGGCAGGUGACCCUAGCUAAUAAAUCAAUCUGGAGUACAAUAAAGGACUUUAAUUUCAACCCAACUCAACUCAACUUUAUUUGUAGAGCACUUUAAAACAACCACAGCUGAACAAAGUGCUGUACAUAACUAGACAAAACAACAAGAUAAAAAACAAUCAAGAAACAAUUAAAACAAUGGAUAAAAUAAAAGCAGAAUUAAAAGUAAAUUAUAGCUUCAAUGUUUUUAAAAACUAAUUUAAAAACAAAGAAACAAAUAACUAAAAACAAACCAUAGAACACUAAAACAGAAGCCGAGUCUCAUGCAGGGAUAAAAGCCAAUGAAUAAAAAGGGGUUUUAAGACGAGUUUUAAAAAUAGACAGUGUGGGGGAUUGUCUAAUUUGGAGGGGUAGCUCGUUCCAUAAAAUUGGGGCAGCAACAGAAAAAGAUCUAUCCCCUCUGAGCUUCCGUUUGGACCUCGGUACCUCCAGGAGCAGCUGAUCAGCUGACCUGAGGCACCGAGCAGGGGUGUAGGGGUGGAGAAGCUCAGAGAGGUAUGAUGGAGCCAGACCAUUUAAAGAUUUAAAAACAAAUAAAAGAAUCUUAAAAUGAACUCUAAAAUGCACGGGUAACCACUAUACCUUGGCUCGGUACUGCAAAACAUUCACCCCAGCCGAAAUACAGAGUCAGACAGCUCUCCAAACUCCAGUGCAUGUAGCAUAAUAUUUUAUGUAAACGUUUGCUUAAUGGGUUUUUCUAGCUCAAUGAUAAACAUUUUCUUUGCCUGACUUUGAUGUUCACUUUUAUGUAAAAAAAUGAAAACAACAAUAAUUUUGUCCUUGUUUUAUUAGCUGCAAAAUCCACUGUGACAUCUUACCCUAUAUAGUAAGACAACUUGCCCAAUGGUGGGGCAACAUGUCACAUGUUCACACUCCCUAUUUAAUUACUCAGAAUUCUGCACUGACACAAGAUAUAAAAAAAAACAUGAAUACAAAAUAUAUACCUGAGACUUUGGUCUUUCAUCUGGUUCACACUUUGUUUAUAUAUGAUUUAUUGAUUUCAAGAAAUAUUUGAGUGUAAAAAGUGUGACAACAAGCCCUGGUCUCCCCUAUAAUAUGACUGUAACUAAAAUGUCCAUGUAGAUUCUCAUUCAUCCAGGUCAUGGUUAUCUUGAAGACUUAAAAACAGGCAACAGUCUACACAGUCCAGUUGCCUGUUUUUAAGUCUUCAAGAUGACUGUAACUAAACAUAACUAUAGUCCAUGAGACAAGCUGAGAGUAAAUUAUGGCCAAUCCUCAGUGCUGUCAGAGGCUGCAGUCUCUUCUUGGUGGUGUUUGAGUUGCUAAUAGUAAAAGUUCUGAACAAAGCGAAGAGUGAGUUCAGGAACAAAGAACUCUGCAGGGAAACCCAAAAAGCCCCUUCACCUCCUGUAAAUUUACCUUGAUGAGUCAGAUUCAAAGUCACCUUUUUGUACAGGUGACUGUAAGUACACACCUGCGGUUGCCAUGGCGAUCCCGGUGCAGGUGCCUUUCUGUCUAUGUCAUCAAACAACAAACCAAACUUCCCAAUCCAACAAUUUAUGUGCUUUAAAAUGUGGCAGCAUAUAUUAUGACAAACAAUACAUGCUGGGCUCUGCCAGCUGGUGUAAUGAUGUGCUAAUGUGUGGACUCGUUAACUUGUGCACACAGUUUAUGGUGGCCUUUUAUGACAGAAUUAAUUGAUUCACACAUGCAUGAAAGCAAAAAAACUGGGAUGAAAAUGCAGUUGGAUGCUGGCCUCUAAUCUGUCAUAAACAGUCCUGCUGCUGGAGCGCACAGACAUAAUUCUUGCAAACGAUGGGUCAUAUAUACGCAAUAAACAACACGGAGUGGACUGCACCGACAGCUGAGCUGAUGUCCUCACAGAGUAGGAGACUGGGGACCAAACCAGUGUCUGUAACAUACCAUACUGUCAAAGUCUGAGACUUUAUUCUAAAAACAGACAUUCUCUGGCUGUGUCUCAUUUCAGAGACCGCAUCGUGAUAAGCGCGCUUAACGGCGCUUAGCUGAGUGCACUGCCGCUUUGAGCCGUUUUACGCCGUUUUGCGCCGUUCUGUGCCCUUCCUGUGUCCCAUUUCAGAUACAGCAGCCAUCGAACGGCGCAUCUGACGCGUACGUGAGGUCACCACGCGGCACGAACGGUGUCCUGUUUGGCACAAAAUACUAAGCGCGCUUCAAAUUCGGUCUCAAAACCACACUACCCCCGCCUCGUUUUCAAGCGUGCAUGUAUGCACGCUUUCGUGCCGUCGGUAUCCCAGAAUUCUUUGCGUGCCGCUGCACAGCUGUGCAUUUCAGGUGAGAGGCUGGACUCGCUUGGAGACACAGCGCGUCUUCAAAGAAAAUACAAGCAAUCCAAAACCAUCAGACAGUCAGCUCAGGCUGUAUGAGAGCAUGAUCUCUGAACUCACUAAAAUCUGUAAACCAAACAUUAUAGAUUUAGAGACGAACUGAUCCGCUGUGUUACAACUAUCAAAAACAUUAGAAAUGAGAAAGCUGACAAAACUACGGCAGAGUAUCAGGACAACAUUGAGGUUUUUUUUUCUUUUAAGAUUUAGAGAUUAAAGUUGUAAAUUUAGGAGAAUAAAGUCAUAAAGUAAAUAAAGUCAUAAAGCUGCUUUUGCGGAGGGGGAAAUGACUGAAGCUGGUCAUCUGCAGGGUUAUCUGUGGAUGUAUCAGCGGGUCAUUAAGAGAGAUUUUGUGGUUUCUGAAGAAACAAUCAAACUGAUGAUAAUCAACAUUUGUGAUCCAGAGGGAGUCGAGCUCCGACGAGCACCACGUCUCUGACACCGGCCGUAGCCUACACCUGCAGAGACACCAACACCUUAUUACGGCAUAUGGAUUCAUAUCAUAAACUAAAGCUCAAUGUCAUUCACGGAUAUUUACGGCUGCAUUGACAGAUAUAUCCUCAGCAUAUUCAUUUCUGCCUCCACAAAAGCAGCGAUUUCCUUCAAGUACACCAAUAUUUUUCCCCCGUGGAAAAGACGUAUUUCUCAUAUAUUCUUUUUAAAGUCUUUAUACUUAUGACAAUGUGAUGCUGAUGUGCCAGAGGAUGAAGAAUCUCCUUGUUUGUGAAACCUAUACUGAAGCACAGUUCCUUCAAAUGCUUCAUGGCCCUAAUUUUAACAAGUCUCUCUGAAAUAACAGGUUAUGACUUCAUUCUCAUAAAUUAAUGACUUUAUUCUCGUAAAUUCACGACUUAAAUCUCGAAGUCCUUAAAGUCUUAAAUCUCAAUAUGGCCCUCAUACUCCUUCUUACAAAACAAUCAUUGGAUGAAUUGUGCUUGUAUGUAUCUACUAUUUUGUGUCUGUGCAAGGUCGCACAAUUAAAACAAUAAAUGCUGCGCUCCGCGGGUUUCCUUUAAGUCAGUCGUGACGCGAGCCUGAGGGCGGGGACAUUUGGCAACUCCACCAGGAAGUCCUCCGAAGGUCUCCAAAUGUCCCCGCCCUCAGGCUUACGUCACGACUGAUUAGAAAAAAAGCUGCGGAGCGCAGCAUGUAUUGUUUUAAUUGUGCGACCUUGCACAGACACAAAAUAGUAGAUACAUACAAGCCCAGAUCAUUCCCACAAAAUUAAUCCAAUGAUUGUUUUGUAUGAAGGAGUAUGAGGGCCCUAUUGAGAAGGAGGGUAGGAGAUACUUCAUCCUCUGGCACAUCAGCAUCACAUUGUCAUAAGUAUAAAGACUUUAAAAAAAGAAUAUAUGAGAAAUACGUCUUUUCCACGGGGAAAAAAACUGGUGUACUUGAAGGAAAUCGCUGCUUUUGUGGAGGCAGAAAUGAAUAUGCUGAGGAUAUAUCUGUCAAUGCAGCCGUAAAUAUCCGUGAAUGACAUUGAGCUUUAAUUUAUGAUAUGAAUCCAUAUGCCAUAAUAAGGUGUUGGUGUCUCUGCAGGUGUAGGCUACGGCCGGUGUCAGAGACGUGGUGCUCGUCGGAGCUCGACUCCCUCUGGAUCACAAAUGUUGAUCAUCAUCAGUUUGAUUGUUUCUUCAGAAACCACAAAAUCUCUCUGAAUGACCCGCUGAUAUAUCCACAGAUAACCCUGCAGAUGACCAGCUUCAGUCAUUUCCCCCUCCACAAAAGCAGCUUUUUGACUUUAUUUACUUUAUGACUUUAUUCUCCUAAAUUUACAACUUUAAUCUCUAAAUCUUAAAAGAAAAAAACCUCAAUGUUGUCCUGAUACUCUGCUGUAGUUUUGUCAGCUUUCUUAUUUCUAAUGUUUUUGAUUGUUGAAGCAGAGCGGAUCAGUUCGUCUCUAAAUCUAUAAUGUUUGGUUUACAGAUUUUAGUGAGUUCAGAGAUCAUGCUCUCAUACAGCCUGAGCUGACUGUCUGCUGUUUUUGGAUUGCUUGUAAUUUCUUUGAAGACGCGCUGCGUCUCCAAGCGAGUCCAGCCUCUCACCUGAAAUGCGCAGCUGUGCAGCGGCACGCAAAGGAUUCUGGGAUACCGACGGCACGAAAGCGUGGCUAAAUGCACGGAUGAAAACAUGCUAAGCGCGCUUAGCAUUUUUUAGCAUCUCGUGCCAAACGGGACACCGUUCGCACCGUCGUGACGUCAUGCACACUUCAAAUGCACCGUUCGACGGUGCAGAAGGGCACUUAGGUCAAUGCGGUCUCUGAAAUGAGACACAGCCUCUGUUUGUCUUAAAUGAGUGUGAGGUCUUUACAACUAAAUCUUCAACUGAAGAAACCACGCAGAAAUAACCAUCAUGUAGGAGAGAGAUACUUUUACCUCAGUACUAAUUUCUGUCCAUGGCAAAAAUAAAUGUGCUGUCUGAUGACAUAGUGCAAAAAACUUGUGACUGUAAACUUAAACCCAGCUGAGUGUUGGAGUCUCUCUUAAUCAAGGUUAAAGUUAGGCAGGAAACUGUAGCUGAUUCUAUGUGCCGACUCUCUCUGCAGGUUCUUAAUAAAGGGGCCAAGCUGUCCCACUUCCACUGUGACUCAUACAGUCCCACUUCAAAAAUACUGAAACUGUCUGUGUGCCAUUGCUUUAGCUGACAUUUUUAUUUUUACUGUACUUGUUGCUGAUGUUGAGCUGUGUGAGUCUGAGUGUGUUUGUUUUUUUGGUUUUUGAAACUGCUUUGCUGCCAUUCUUGGCCAAGCCCCCCUUGGAAAAGAGAUAUUUGAUCUCAACGGGACUAGCCUGGUUAAAUAAAGGUUAAAUAAAUUAAAGUCCCUUUAAUUUCUGCAUGAUUGUUGGUUACGCUGGUUGGUGGAGAGAUGUACGCUGAAGAAGGUGAAGACUAUUCUAAAGAACAUGGAUCACCCACUUCAUAACAACUUGAUGGCCCAAAGGGCCUAUGGUGGUGGAUGGCUCCUCUCUCUUCCCUGCAAGACAGAAAGAUUCAGAAGACCUUUCGUACCCACAGCCAUCAGACUUUACAACUCUUCUGUAAAUUGCAGAUGACUUUUUGAGACAUGACAACUGAGACUACAGACAAUUAAAUUUCCCUAAAUAAAGUUCUUCUUAUUCUUAUUUUGAAACACCGCCUCCUGUCUGAACGUGUCCAUUCCCGGUUUUUGAGAAAGCUUUUGAACUUGACUGGAAAAUCCUGAAGCAGAGGUAAAUGUCUGAAUUUAGUGUCUCUGGAAGAUGCUGAGGUGUGUUUCUUCAAACGUUGGUCUUACAGAAAGAAGAGCUAUUAUUUCACGUACAGCAUUAUGUCUGCAGUCUCAGUCCAGGAACCAGAUCAGUUCAGAUCUGGUUUUCUUGGAACAGAUCAUACAGCUCCUCUCAGGAAAAGAGGGAUUUUCCUGCAGCAUAUGUGAUGGUGAAUGUCUGACAUUUAAUCAGAGAAAGACCUCAGGCUCAGGCUCCAGCCCCAGAUGACUCUCAUCCAUUACAACAAUCUAAGCCAUAUGUUAAAGAAUUUCCCUGAAUCUGGGGAUGAAAUAAAGAAAGGAUUUAGCUGGCUUUCUCUUCAGCAAGGGCCACCAAAGCGGUCCAGAGUUCCAUUUGGAGGAAAUGAUUUUGAUCUCUCAGGAUGGACUUAAUGGUAAUUGUGGACAAGCUGUGCUCUGCUUCAAAACCAUAAUUAAUUUCUUAAUCCCACUGACAUUGUUAUGAACCAUGCAAUUACUUAACCCAGAGUCAAUAAUCCAUCUCCUCAGGCUGCACAGAUUCUGACAGUUGACAGAGAUGGAUGCUCCAUCAGUGGAUUAUAUGGAGGUCUACAGCUCUAUGUCUCAGUAAAUCUCAUGGAGUCUCUGCAGGAGGUCUGAGCUGUUCAGGGAGACCCCUGGACACUAUUUAGACAGAGAGGAGGUUUCUUUUUCUCAGCUAAAAUCCAAUCAACUUGUCCUCAGUGAACAGACGGACACCCUUCUACAAGCCUGCUGAAAAAAUUCAGUUAGCUAAUGAGUAGAGAAAUAAGAAAACCUCAACAUGGACCAGAAAUACUGAGCAAAAACACAGACAGACACAAGGGGGUUUCUGAGAACCCAAUUCAUCACGACCUGAACCAACACUGAGCUUUCUUUAGUGCAGCUGAACUAGCAGAGGAACACAAUUUCUCCCUCAUGUAGAGUUCACACAGUGAAGUGCACUUAAGUGUACUUCAAGUAUACUGUUUUUAAACUAAUAAUGCUUUCAGUUUACUCCUUAUGCACUUUUCAAAGAUAUACUUGAGAUAAGUUAAUGUUUACUAUAGCUUGUACUAAGAAUUAUACUAAAAGUCUAAAUAUAUUCAACCUGCACUUAUACAAAAACUUUUAAUCAAGAUAUACUUAAGAAUAAGAAUAUAAAUAAGAACUUGUGUCUUUGUGCCUUGGGUGUAAGUGUACUUGGUCAGUGAAUACUUCCAUAUAUCUUUUUAAGAGUAAUCUCUUACAGACUAUUCUCUUAAAAAGAUAAGCAGUGCAAGCCAAGUAUACAAAUAUGUAUGUGCAUAUGUAUGUGCUAUGUAAUAGCAUACUAAAACGUAAUUUUAAUCAUACUUUAGAGUCAGCGCACAGAUACCCGAGUGGAUUAAGAGACACCCUAUGUUGGGGACUAACUACUUUCAAGUCCGCUUCAAGUGUACUUUAAUAAACUGAAUUGGGCCAAUUUAUUCACAAUAAGUUUACUUGUAAGUACACUAGAAGUUUAUUUGUAUCAAUGUACAAAGUAUACUUUGAGAAGACUGACAAAAUGAACUUCAGUAUACUUCAUAAAAUGUACUUGAGGUAAACUUUUUUAUUAAGGGUUGCUCAGCUGCAUUUAGUCAGCUGUAAAUAGGCUGAGUUUUCUCUUAAACAUCCAUUCAUAUGACUUCAUGUUUGCCAUACAAGCAGAGAGAGCAGUUGGGUCUGAUCUGGUUCUUUGCUGCACGUCUUUCUCCUCUCAGAGUUUACUGUCAGACUUACCUGUCAUGUGUAAAAACGUCUCUGAUAUAAAAUGAUUUUGAAUCAUGAAAAUUGCAGCAGAUGGUUAAAGGGAAGGUGAACUUUAGUUCCUGAUCUAAUGUGUCUGCUUUUAUCUUCUUGUUUUAUUGUACUGUUUUUAUCUAUCAAAUGACCUUGAGUUUUCUUAAAGGCACUUAUAUAUAAAAGUUUAUUAUUAUUAUUAUAAUUAUUAUUAUUAGAAUUAGCAUGAUUAUUAUGAUUAACAUCUGUGUGCAUCUAAGCUAUGUGGAGACUCUGAUAAUGCCCCAUUUUGUCCUCUGAGACACUGAGGACCCUAAGCCUCUGUUGCUCCAUGAAGAUUUUAUGUCUGGGCCAAUCUUCAUCGCAAGUAUCACCUCGACGACAGAUGUCAGCGAAAUCAGUGACAGCCGAUCAUGCUGAUCCCCCCCGUAAUCAUGUGCCAUGAUCCUGGUGUAACACGGAGCUGUGGGAAAUAUGUCCGUCAAUACCAUCGCCACAGGCAGACCCCUUCCCUCGACCACCACCUGCCCCCAGCCCCUCCCCACCCUUCCCCCUGCUUCCUCCUCCCUCCAUGAGCUGCCGCUUUCUCUCUUGAUCUCUCCAUUAAGCCUCCUCCCUCCUGGCUGUCGAGACAUUUUUCUGCAACCCCGCUGACCCCCAGAACAAUAAAGCCAACACAGCAGGGCCAGAAACUGCAGUCCCUUCAGUGUCCACUAUGUGUAAUACAUGUCUGCACAAGACAAUCAACAGUUCGAUACAAGUGAUAUUUACUUACUCUGGUUCAUCAGACAGUAUUUUUUUUUUACCAAUUUUAAUUAAAACACAAAACCAAGUUAUCCAGACUGUUGUUUUGUCUAGUAGAAAAGGGUCUACACUGAGCGCUCUUACUUUUAUCUAUCUUAUUAAUAGCAGAUUAUUUCAUGUAGGUGCGGAGCAGUUUUACCGUGAAGAAUAUAACAUUAUAAUUUACACUCUGGCUUUGUAGAACUAUUGUUGACAUCAUAAUUGCUUUAGAAACAGUCACAGCUGAAGUCUCAGAACCUGCAUUUCCUCUCCUGUCCUCUAGAGCUGUCUUCUGCAGGGGGUCAGUCCCAAUAAAAAACUGUGUGUUUUUGUGUGUUUCUCUGCGUGUAGUGGUGUAAAGGGUGUGUUUUUGUGUGUGUGGUGUAGUCAGUGUGUUUCUGAGUGUGUGUAGCAGUGUUGUCAGUGUGUUUCUGAGUGUGUGUAGCAGUGUUGUCAAUGUGUUUCUGAGUGUGUAGUGGUGUUGUUAGUGUGUUUCUGUGUGUGUGGUAGUGUUGUCGGUGUGCUUUUGAGUGUGUGGCAGUGUUUUCAGUGUGAUUCUGUAUGUGUGGUCAUGUUGUUGGUGUGUUCCUGAGUGUGUGGCAGUGUUGUCAGUGUGAUUUUGUGUAUGUAGCUGUAUUGUUGGUGUGUUUCUGUGUAAAUGGCAGUGUUGUUGUUGUGUUUCUGAGUAUAUAACUGUAGUGUUGGUAUGUUUCUGUGUGUUUGAUGGCAGUGAUAGUGUAUAUCUGUGUGUUGCUGUGUUAUCAGUGUGUUUUUGCUUACCUUGUGUUUGUGGUCAAGUCAUGCAUGUCAUAAUGCUCAGAGAGGGCUGGACAGCUGCUGCCCCUGACCAGCCCUUCCUCCCUUUGGCCACAGUAACAGCUCAGUGUGUGUAAACACACACACACACACACUGGGCCUCCUGAAUACAGAAUGUGGCAUAUGCUCAGCUCGGGCAGCAGCAUCAAACAUUCUUGCAGAGCUCAGCUCUAAGUGGCUCCUCUACAUGAUGACCCUGGCAGGCACAAGGUUUCCAAACAAUUUCAGGUUUUCGUGUUGAAACCUACAUGAAACUAAAAACAGAGGAGGUCUGCAUAUUCGCACACGCUGCAGGCAGGCAGGCAGGCGGGCUGGGCUGCUGCUGUUCGCUCCAAUGAAACCUUGACAAAGGUCACAAACAACAUUGAGAAUGGGGUCAUUAAGAGAGCUCCAUCAUAAAAAGGAGACUCAGCUCUGAUGAGGACUGCCGAGCAGCUAGCUUCAUCAUGUGUAGCGGCUCAGACAUAUGCUCCCACCAUAAUAAAAAAGCAGCAUUAUAGAUGGCGGCAGAGUGGGUUCUUUCCACGUAUGCAGUGGGUGCUCCUCUUUGCAGAAACUUUUUUAAUAAAGGUAUUUAAUGCUGCAGUCAUGAUGGUGUUUCUUGCAUAAUAUAAUUUAUAGAGGUUAGAGGUCCAUAAAAGGAGACACAGUAAAAUAUUUCUAUUAUGUGGGGAAUGUCGAAGCCUAAUAAAGUCCUGAGGUUUAUGGCUCCUAGGCUGUUGUUGUUCUCAGCUCUUUCUGAGUCUUUUCAAAUUCUCUGAAAGUCUUAAUGUGAGUGUUAUAAACAGGAAAUCUAGCGAGUCUUUUAAAAAGUGACUCUAAGGGCUUGACUUCUGACUGCAUAUAAAACAGACUUAGGAGAGAUCAGACUUGUCCUUUUACCACCCGCUCUCCUCUCCUACUUUAUGAAGGAGUGAUCCGUCUUUCUUUAACUGAGCUGUAAAGGUUACACAGUCAUUUAAGCAGCAGUUCACACAGAUUGAUGUUUAUGUUGUUACAGCAGCCAAUGAAACAAGCUGCUCUUCACUCUCGCCCAACAUAAAGCAGAACGAGCUGCAAACAGCCCAGACUUACAGCUGCUGGGGGGAGUCAGAGCUGAGGAGAGGAAGAUGGCUCUUAUUACUGUCUGAACAGAGGUUUCCAUGUGUUAUAACUACAGCAGGCUGUUUAUACUGAAACAGGCAGUGUCCAGAUAAUCAAAACCCUAAAAAACCUCUGUGCUUCAUCAGCUUUCUAUUCACUGACACUCUGAAAACCUUAGUGAACCAAGCAGACCACUUUCUGGACGAGUCAAGACUGCAGGCAGGCCAGUUUAUCAGCGGGACUCUUCUACUAUUGUUUAUUGUUUGUUGAUUUGCCAUUAUAAAGAACACACAUUCAUAAACAUUUCUUCAUGACUGAAUUGGCAGAAGCAAAAGCUUAUAUGCCAAAAAAAAUCUAAACAGUUAUAAUAUUCAACCCAAAAAAUUUCACUAAACACAAAUAGAGUCAGAGUUUAACAUUCAACAAUUCCUCAGGAGGCUCAAUCAUAGCUUUCAAAGAUGUUUUUGCAGAUUUUGAAAUUAUUCAGCGACAGGCUCAUUUUUCUCUUCGUCUUCUGUGUCGUUCCAGAACUUCAAGGUGGGGUAGGCAGGAUUCCAUUAAAGAAGUAUCUUUUGUUGUGGUGUGUAUACAAAAAGACUUUUUAUAUCAGUCAAUAGCUAUUAGUUAUUGAUGACAUUUGGUAAUAUAAUGAUAUCGCUGUAUUUUGUUAUGUUUGUGUGGUAAACAUUUUAAAAUUUUUUACUGUAAACACAGCCAUUCUCCGCCUCCCCCAACCUGAUUGGUUGUGAGGCGGAUGCUGCUCCUUAGUGGUGAUUGGUUGUGAGGCAGACACUGCUCCCCUGUGUCGUUCAGGAGCCCAAACAAAGUUAGCAUGCUACAAUAUUGGACAGUAGAAACCAACCAGAAGGUAUGGAAAAUUGUCUGAAUUCUCCUUUGGCCACGACUGCCAACACAAGCAAGAAAAUGAAGUAAAUACGGGAGACUCUGGUAGAAUAACGGGGGCUUAAAAAGGAGGUAGACCAGACAAGAACAAAGAAACCGGGUCAACGUCAACAUAAACGAUGGGGGAGGCUUUGGGAUUUUACGACCCCUGUAACCUUUCUGCUGGACAGGGGAACCACUUUAACAAAGUAAGCCAAGUGUCUGUAACAGAAGUGUUUCUUGUGAAACGGGACCUGCUGCGUGUUGUAGCACCACUAAACUGUUGACCUUUGGUCCUGGAGUAUGCCACUUUAUCCUGGGUGUAGAAGUUAUGCAAACAUUGUUUUUGCUGGUAGUCUGUUGGCAUCUAAAGAAGCACAAAUUCUUUUUAUGUUCACAUUGACUGGGCCCCAUUUGUAAAGAUCUGAAAGAUUUAUCUGCAUUAUUACCUCCGCCAAGGAGGUUAUGUUUUUGGUAGCGUUGGUUUGUUUGUUUGUUUGUCUGUUAGCAACUUUAAGGAGAAAGUAACAGACGGAUUGACCUGAAAUUUUCACCAGAGGUGUGUCUCAGCCCCAGGAGGAUCCCAUUAAAUUUUGGUGGUGAUCUGGACAAAAUUCUGGAUACUGUGAUCCAGAACACACAAAAAUAAGGGUGUUGUUGGAAUUUUCAAUGCUGAAAGAUAACCAAUGGGCGGCACAGUGGUGUAAAUAGGUGGCGCAGUGGUGUAAUGGUUAACACUGUUGUCUCACAACCAGAAGGUCCUGGGUUCGGAACCUGGUCAGGGUAUCUCUUGUUUUAGGAACAAUAUGAACAGUGAACACACCAGUUUAAACACAAACAUUAAUAAAAGACACGUAACAGUAAAACUUUUGGUGUGAAUCAGAAUAUAAGGGGGGACAUGAGCUGCUUGGCAGAGGUCUGCGCUCUCCGAGUGCUUUUCUAGUAUCUAAAUUUAAUUGAAACAAUGCGAGCAAGCAGGAGCGUCUGUUUGUGGGUGGGGCUUGUUGGAGCAGAGAUGGAGGGAAGAGGAGGAGCUGAGGGGAAAAUUGGUUAGGAGGGGUAGUGUGUACAUUCAAGAUUACUCCCAAAAAAAGGCACUUCGUCAGAUCCUACCUAUUCCACUCCCAAAGCUCUUUUUUCGUGUCCACUGCGGACGCGGCGGAGGGUGGCGGACCCCGCGCAGUGGUAUUUACGUCCGGCGUACAGCCAGUUUGGUAUUUUCGUAGACUGAGGCGCCCUGAGGUCCGCCAAGCUGGGGGUAGUGGCGUGGCAGGGGGAGGUGUUGACAGAAUCAGCUGGCGCAGUGACAUUUUUGUGCUCGCCGCCGGCGUGUAAAGUAUGCUGAAAGCUCGCCGACUCAAACCUGGUCAGCUUUCAGCACAGGCAGAGCUUUCAGCUGGUGUAGUGGUAUUUUGGUUGACCGGCGGCAUAUCGGCAUACGUCACCGAUGCCUCAUCAGCAGGUUGGUUCCACAGUGUCAGGCACAUUUCAGUGCAAUAAAUAAUCAACAACUAAGAAUCUGAGUCAGCACAUACAUUUAGAUCUAUAUAUAUUCUGAUCUAUAUCUGAUCUGAUGAGAACGUUUGGCACGCGUUUAGACACACAACCUGACCGCUGAAACCGCAUUCAAUUAAAUAUCUAGUAAAUAGACACACUCAUUUCCCUCCUUUUCUAUCUUCCUCUUCCUCUUAUUUCUCGCCCAGCUCGACCUGGACAUGUCUCUAUGUCCUCUCCCUGUCCUGCUGCAGCUGGGGCGGCUGAACAGAUGAUUAGUUCAGUGAUCAGAUGAGUUUUUUACUUUAAGCCUACAUACGAAUAUUAUAAUAUUCAGUUCUGUGAGCCAAAUUUAUUUUAUAUGCCAACAUCUAUGAAAGAAAGAGCCAGGCCAUGGCGCGCAAUGCAUCUUUUACGCACAGAUGGUUCCAAUUUUAAUGCCAUUAUUGGAAUUUAUGUUGUGAUCUGUGCGCACAACCCACCUUUAUCAUGUGAGGUUUGAAUAUGUGCAACUUUAUGUGAGUGUCUUUAUUUGUGGAAAAGGAUGUUUGUCUUACUAGUGGUUCCAACAUUACACACACCAAAUCCAUCUGUACUUAUAUGAGACAGUGUGAAGGACGUCCUCUGCAUUGCUUACAGCGACAAUUGUUGAGGGGCUGCCUUCUGUUGCUAUCGUGUGGCAUUGCUGUCUUCAGACAUCUCUUGAUCUCUUUGACUACUUCACGAAAAUUGUAAUACGCCUUGCCGGUGGCGGAUUUGAAGGCGAGGAGAGGGGGUGAUGUUAUUGGACAAUACAGGUCUCGGCUGUGUUAAACCCACUCCACGCCCUCUCUCCUCCCUCGCUACGACUUACGCCGCUGGGAGGAGCUGAGAUAGGGAGGGGGGAUACUUAGGCUGGGCUGCGCCGCUCACCAAAUACCAAAUUGUGCUUGGGAACACCUUGUCGGUGCAGCGGACCUGACUCAUGCCGCGCCUGUGCCACGUCUCCGGUGAAGCACGAAAAUAGAGCCCCAAGGGUUGACAUGCAUUUUGCUUUGACUGCUUUUUUAAGUUUUGGGAACAAAAUUUUACAGGUAUCUCUUAACUCAUCUUUAAACAUUAGAGGUGUGGUGAGACGCCUCCACUUCCUGCUUUAUUUUGGUUUAACUUCCUGUUUUCCUUGCUACCCUGGUCUGGCUUGACUGCUUCCAAAACACGCUCCCUCUCCCUGGUUGCUGAGGCUGAGCGAGACUCCACACCUGCGCUGCAUCUACAAUCAAGGCCCUUUAAGAAGCCAGCAGCCCUCAGUUUCAGCGCCUGAGUAUUGUCUUCGCUCCUGAGCGGUAGAGACGCCUCUCCUGGCCCAUAUAUACAACAUCUGGUAUAAUUCAGAUGUUGUUUCCAUGUCAGUUUGAAGUCGAUUACAACUCCUAAAAAUUUGGUCUCAAACACUCUUUCUAUUUCUGUAUCACUGACUUUUCUUUGUUUCCAAAAAAACAUGAACUUUAUAUAUAUAUAUAUUUUUUGUAUUCAAGAGACAGGAAAAAAAAAAAUGAUGCUCUUGAACCGAGAGGUUGCUGCAAGUCUGUUCUCUGCAUUAUCUGUAAUUUUUGCUAGAUUUUUUUUCAUAUUUUUGUUGUCAUUUUGUUAGCUGCUGAUGGAUACUUCCGCUGGGUGAAGAGUUUACUCAAGAGAAGAGCUCCUUUCAUUGAGGAAAAGCAAAUCUGGACAACAACAUACAAUUCCAGAAGACAUCAGGAGGUGUUAUCGUGCUAUCAUGCUUGCUGUGCUGGUGCAAAGGUGAAGGCAAAGCUAAAUGCUAGGAGGUGGUGAUAUAAACCCUUUCUUCUAUCAGUCAUCAUGGGAAACGUCAACUCUCUGCCCGGUUCGUAAAUACAUCAAUGAUGCGAUUAUAAUCCAUUGCUUAAUGGAUAAAGCCUUGGCCUGGUAUGAAAGUCGAAAUCAGAAGAUGGACACCUCGAGCCAGUGAAGCUCUGAGGGACUGUUUUAAAUCAACAGACUGGAUUGUGCUGUUGGAAACAGAUGUGGAUAGUAUGAACAUUGAUAAACAGGUUGACUGCUUUACUGAUUAUGACAACUUCUGUGGAGACACAGCCAUACCCACAAAAACUGUUCGCUGUUUCCCCAACAACAAACCCUGGAUCACAAGAGACAUAAAAGCAAUCCUUAACCAGAAAAAGAAAGCUCUUAAAGAUGGUGACAAAGAACGACUCAAACAAGUGCAACAAGAGUUGAAGAGGAGACUGAAGAUAGCAAAGCUGGAGUACACAAAGAAGAUAGAGAAGAAUCUACAACACGGCAACAUCCAUGAAGUGUGGAGAGGAAUCAGUACCAUCUCUGGACACAGCAAUAAAAAGAAAAGACAGCCAGUGGUGGGUGAUGUGGAAAGAGCUGAUGAACUCAACCGGUUCUUCAACAGAUUUGACACUGCUGUCACACCCACUUUCACUGCUACCCCACCUUCCUCUCUGCAACAAAUCUCCAUUACAACUUCUCCCCAUUCCUCCUCCAUCUUGGUAAUAUGUCUCAACCACUUCAACUGCCUCCCUCGUAGAACACCAGUCCUUGUCUGUCACCAAAACAGGGGUGAGGAUGGAGCUUGGAAGACUUUGUCCUGGGAAGGCAGCUGGUCCAGGUGGUGUGUGUCCAAGGCUGCUUAAAGACUGUGCUGCAGAACUAUGUCAACCUCUCCACAGGAUCUUCAACCUGAGUCUACAGCUGGGGCAGCUCUAUGGAAAACAUCCUGCAUUGUGCCAGUACCAAAAAAAAAAUGUCCUGCUGAACUCAAUGACUACAGACCAGUGGCCCUCACUUCACAAAACAGGAAAACCCUGACAGGAAGGCCACAGUUUGUCAGGCUGGGACACUGUGUUUCUGGGACAUUAAUGAGCAGUACAGGGGCUCCACAAGGGACAGUGCUGGCGCCAUUCCUGUUCACACUGUAUACAUCAGACUUCAAAUACAGCACUGAGUCCUGCCACAUCCAGAAAUACUCAGAUGACAUUGCUAUUGUGGCAUGUAUCAGAAAUGGAUAAGAAGCUGAAUAAAGAGAUCUGAUAAGAGCCUUCAGUGACUGGAGUCACAAAAUCUGCCUCCUUCUCAACACCUCAAAGACAAAGGAGAUGGUCAUAGACUUCCGUAGAUCCAAACCCCCUCUUCAGCCAGUUAACAACUAUGGAGUGGACAUCGAAGUGGUGACAUCAUAUAAAUACCUUGGUUUCAUACACUUCAUCUACAGAAAGGGGCAGAGCCGCCUCUUUUGCCUGAGAAGACUCCAAUCAAUCGACAUCUGUAGUAAGAUGCUGCAGGACCUCUCUGGGAGGAGCGCUCCGGGACCUCUUUGAUUGGAUCUGGGACCUAUUUCAGCCGCUCCGGCACCUGUUUGAUCUGCUCCGGGACCUUCCCUGUCAAUGAAUAAACUGUGUUUUUAUGUAUGUUUUCUCUGUGUUUUAUUACUCUCUGAAGUGACGCCUGUUGGCCUAUUUUUUAUGCAUUUUACUCAGAAAUUAUGUAAAACGGGGAAAAAGUGAUUUAUGCCGUCACGUGUCACAACGCAAUGUGCAUUGGGAUGGUUUUGUUUUGGCACCGGCACUGCUUGCAAAUAGGUAAACAACAUGGUGUGCCAAAUGUUGCUGCAAAUGUUAUACUAGGUAGGUGUCAAAAUUAAGGUGAAAAAGACAAUAAAAACGCAUUAAAAACCCGAGAAAAAAGCAUAUUUUUACGGCGCACGCUUUUUUCUGGUACUUAAAUUGUGUAUAUUGUAUAUAGUUUUAUUUUCUUCUCCCUUUUUGUAGCGUGUGGUGUAUUUUGAGGACCCAGCAGCAGACACAGAGGCAGAUAGCAAAUUAAGAUGUAAUUUUAAUGUCCAAACUCAGUGGUAAAGUUGGCUGGCUGGCUGUUCUGUGGGCUGGAGACACUGCGGAGAAAACAGAGGAGAUGGAAGUGAGUAGACAUACAAUGAAUUACAGGAAGCAAAGUUACAAGCACUUAUUCAAAAGGAAGGCCAGGAGAUGCGUCUGUACCACUCGGGAGUAAAGACAAUACUCAGAUGAUGAGACUGAGGGCUGCUGGCUUCUUAUAGUGCCUUAAUUGCAGAUUCAGUGCAGGUGUGGAGUCUCACUCAGCCUCAGCAACCGGGGAGGGGGAGGGUGCUCUGGAAAAGAGUGAAGCCAGACCAGGGAAACAAAGAAAAACAGGAAGUCCAACCAAAAUAAAACAAAAGGAGGAGGCGACUCACCACACUUUUUCCUUUUUCUAAAUUUUUUCUUAAUUAGAACAUUUAUUUAAGUUCUUAAUAUACAACCUUUAUUUUUAUAACUGCAUUUUUGCAUUUUGUGAUUCUUCUGUGACAGGGAUUUCAGGGACUCCACUUCUGGAAGAACACUAACAGUCAAGAACUUAGAAAAAUAAUUAAAUGUUUAUUACAGGAUAAAUGAUAGUACAACACAUACAAGCAAUAAAUGAUGAUAAGAUAAUGAGGAUAAAAUAAUAAUAGGUGAAUAAAUAAAGAUUCUGAGUCAGGCUAGGAGCACUAAAGUUAAUGAUAGUGAGUGAAUAUGCGCUAACAUAUUAACCUACACUAACUUUGGUGUCGAGAUAAACUCGGAUGUGGAUUUGGAGGAAUCUAAGAUUACCAGAAUAAGUGGAUAUCUGAGUUAUGAACGCAGGAGACAGCACCAGCCCUCUUUGGAGCUCUGGAGGUUUGCAUACUUAAGUGAGACUGGUCCUUGGAGAAGAUGGAGCAGGUUCCGAAGGUCCGGGGCUACUGGCGGUUCGAGCGGUUCAGCUCAGAAGACGACUGAAGUCAGCCGAAGGAUGAGCCAGGAGUUGCAGCACUCGGGCCCGAAGCAAAGCCAGCGCCUGUGGAUCCUGUGGAUGCUCGUUUGGGUACUUCUUUGGUCUCACUCAAAUAAACUCUGGCACAGAGGAUGACCUGGGCCUGCUGGGUUGCGUUCAGAGGUGACUUUGAAAAUCACGCAGAUAACUCAGAAAAACGAGACUCGAGCAGAGAAAACUUUCAAAAAUGGCUUCGCGAAAUUAAAGAAAAAUCAAUCAAAGGCUUAAUCUUGAAUUGCUAUGCGCACAAAAAGUUGAAGUUUCAAAACUUGAACUAAGACGAUGUUAAAGAAAAAUCAACGUGAAUCAACACGUGGCGUAAAACUUAGUAGACUAAGAAAAUGUUCUAAGCGAAAACAAAGAAACGCACCACAGAAGGGUGUGAGCAGAAGAGAAAAAGGGGAGAAGAAUCAGCAUACAAGAGCAGAAGCAUAAGAGUGAACAAGAGAGUGAGCAACCCCACUUCACUGGUUUUAUCUUCUCACACUGGGAGUGUUUCCGGGGUGUGUGUGUGAGGAGAAAGGAGGGGUCGUGGAAUCUCUGAUUAUUUAAUCUAACUUAUUCUUUUGGCUGGUAAAAGAGUCAGAUCUGAUACUCACUCACUAUGAUUAAUAUCAUUGAAUGCUAGGUUUCAUGAUAAAUAAUUUGAUACUAAACACAUAUGAAUGAAGUGUAGGAUCACAUCAAACAUUCUCAUUAUGUUUUAAGUAUCACAUUGAACAUGCUAAAUUACUCUGAAAUGAAACAGAUAGUAACACAUGGAAACUGUGAACAACAAAAGAGUAAAUACAUGUGAAUGAACUUCAUCAUGAUUAAUAAUGGAUUCUAAAUACUCACAUCCAGAUUAUUCAAUGACAUUAUAACCACCUAAUGGUUAAAAAUACUAAAUAAACAUCUACAAUAUAAACCAAACAUUUCUAAACUAUUUCUGUGUUCAUAGAGUAAGUUAUGAUCCAUAGUCAAUAAAUUUAACUCUUAACAGUUCAUGAAACAGUCUGAAAAGCUGUUGGUCUAAAGAAACUAAAGAAUAAAGGAUUUAUUCUAUCAGAUUGAUAACUCGGCUUCUGAAGCACAUAGAAAAAUGGGAAACAUCUCAUUUUAACACAAAUUUCAUGAUUAGACAGAUUAGUACAUUGCUGAAUGCAUAAGAUGUCAUGAUCAGUCAUUUGUAUUCUUUCACCAAAGGAAUGUAGUCUUUAUCAGUGUAUGGUCGAGCAGGGUUUUACGACCGAGGUCUGGAGGUCAGUGUCCCCCCUUUUCCUGGGGUCCGUAUGUUCCCACACUUUAAGACGCUAAAUCUCAAAUGGGAGAUCUGGGUUGAGGUUAAUGUUUAUUUAGAUGGUCAGCGAUGGAGUCAGUUUGAAAGGUAAUAAAAACUCUGUCUCUGUUCUCCGAAUCGACCAAUCGUGAAGAGUCAGAGGUUUAGUCAACCUCCGGUUGGGUCACUUAUUCAACCUGAAAGUGUAAACGAGUUUGGAAAGAUUUAUAUCCUGUUUCCUGGGACCAGAUAAGGAAACUUUCCUGUGAGGAAUGUGUGAGUUUCACACCCAGGGUUGUCUUGAUUGCUACACGCUGCUGCGCAUGUCUACCCUUCAAGCCGGGAGCGCGGAUACGUCAUUUUGUAACAUUCUGUAGUUUUUUAAUCAUCAUACCUGUCUGCCUCUGAUAGGCUAUUAAAGCAAUCGGAUUCAUGCUUGGAUCUUGCCACAUGCUUUGUGAGUAAAGUAAACAUGACGGAGGCGGUGAGCAGCUUCAUCGGAGAAGCAUCAAGCAGUGUAAACAAUCACUUCAUAUUGAGUGUUUUGGCUCAGACUAUCGAUGUUUUCUGUGAGUGUUGCAUGACUUUGGGUGAGCACAGAGAUUAACCCACUGUCAGCAAAGGCUUCACAAUAAAAAAUAACUAAAAAACAUGUGGCAGGGGAGUUAAAAGGAGAAAAGGAGUCAAAUAGCUAUUGGUUACAAACACAGUAUAUCUGGAUGUUUCACAGGUUUUAUUUGUGAAUAGUUAUUUUUGAAAUUUAGUUCAUGAGUGAGUGAAGAGGAAAAGACAGGAGAUGACCUAUAAUAUUCAAAAGCAGAAGAAGAGGCAUGACAAGACAAGAGGACAGCUCUGAAAUGUAUUUGAAGAAUGAGGAAGACAAAGGAGAGGAAGGAGUGAAGAGAAAGUGAGGGGAAAAAAUGAACAGAAAUGGAAAUCACAAAAACUUUCGGAGAAAGCAAAAGAGGAGAGACAGCAGGUGAAAAAAGGUUGAGAAUAAAAGAUUGAAGAACAGAGCAAUAAAGGACAGCAGAGGUGACAGCCAGGAUCACAGGUAUAGCAGUAAGGAAAUAAGAUGCAUUUUAUUGUACUUUAUUUCACAUCUUUAAUUUGUGACCAGUCUGAAUAACUUUUUUGUUUUACAUUUUCUUCUUUCAGUGGACGUAAGGCAUAUGUUCAUGACAUAAGACAGUGACUUCAACAAGGCUAGUGGUAGACAUUUGCAUCAUUAAAGGGUCUGAAUUUUUAAGUGUUCUCCUCCAUGUCUUUUGUCGGCUUUGAACUGGUGGUAAGUUGAAGCAAAAAAAAAUUGUAGUGCCUUGUAUCAAAAAAUGAAGGAAAAAGUAAAUCGGCAUCUGCACCCUCAGGGUUCAGCCCCUGAUCGCCUAGAAUCCUAAAUCCGCCCCUGGUGGACGGCUCCUCUCUCUUUGCUGCAGGACAGAAAGAUUCAGAAGAUCUUGUGUAUCAACAGCCAUUAGACUUUAUAACUCUUUUUUUAAAUAGUAGAUAACUGUUAGAGACGUAUUUUGUGAGACAACAGAAAAUUGAAUGUCCCUUCAGGGAUUAAUAAAGUUAUUCUUAUUCUUAUUCUAUUUACAUCAAACCACACUUGGAGCUUUUCCAAUUCAGUUUCAGUUUUUUGAGCAAUUUUCUUAAAGCCUUAUCAGAACAAAAAAGAUAUGUGUCAUCUGCAAAAAUUCUGAAUUAUGAACAAUUUUGGUCCAAUAAUUGAUCCUUUUGGUAUUCCACAGGUAAUUGCUUUAAGCUCUGAAAAAUUAUCAUAAAUUUGUUGUCUAUUUUCUAAAUAACUUUUGAUCCAUUAAUGGGCUUUUCCUGUAAUUCCAUACAUUUCAGAUUUUUUUAGUAGAUUAUUGUGAUCUAUGGCGUCGAAAGCUUUUUUAAGUCUAUAUACAUUGCAAUUAAAUAUUCAUUAUCGUCUAUUGCUUUUGCUGCUUCCUCUACCAUUUCCAUGACUCCAUGUGUGGUCGUCCUGUUAACUCGGAAUUCAUACUGAUGUUCACUUAAGAGUUUAUUUUUCAUAUAUUUAUCCAACUGUAUUUAUCCAACAAAUAUGUUGUCUUUGAGAACUGCUUAUCGCCACCUUUAAACAUAAGUAUCACUUUUUCCAAAUUUCAUUUGGAAAAAAUUCUGUCUGAAAAGAUCGGUUGAUAAUAUGAGUCAGAGGUUUUGCAAUCAUUUCUAUAACUUCUAUAACUAUUUCCAUAUCUUGUAAGUUUACAUCAGUUGAUAUUUUGCUUUUAAAUGUUCUAACUACCUUAAUGACAUCCUUUUCACUUUUCCACAUAAAAACAUUGAUUGCACUUGUACAUUUACACUUUCCUUAAACACAUUUUUUUUAUUUCCAGGUACCUCAAUGGUUCCUGCCAGUCCUUGUCCAAUAGUCACAAAAUAACCAUUAAACUCCUCUGCACUAAAUUGAGAUUUUUUUCUUUAGUCAUUGAAUCUUUCACUGUAUUAUUUGGAUAUUUGGUUUCAUGUCUAUCCUGCCUUAAUACUUGAUUGAUUACAUUCCAUGUCCUUCAGAGAUUUCCUUUAUUACACUCAAACUCUCUAUUGUAAUAUUGUUUCUUUUGUGUUCUUACUAGUGAUGCAAGUUUGUUAUUUGAAAUUCUCUCAUUUUCACUUGUUCUGCUUUAAAGAAAUUUCUUGUACAGUAAGCUUUUAUUAUUGCAAGCCCUUUGUAAACCUUUAGUGAUCCAAGGCCUUUUUGUAUUAUUAUUUCCCCUCCUUUCUAUAAGUGGACAGUGUUUAUUGUACAGCUCCUCCCAUUUUAACAAAAAUACACCAUGCGAUUGACCAGGGUCAUCAACAUACACUUCAUCCCAAAUACAAUUCUUCAGCAAGAGACUUAAUGCUUUCAGGUGUUUUUAACAUCUUUAAUUUAAUGGGGGAGCAUGAUACAUCUGCUGCAUACCCUCAAAUCGUUGGACUGUAAAUACAGGUAAAUGGUCAGUGAUAUCAUUAGCAAUCCAGUGGUCUUUUUGUCCAGGUAAAUCCUGAGCAGCCAGCUCCGCCUUUAUGCCCACACAUCAGUUGUCUCUUGUGGUAAAUACCAUCCCACCUUGCGGUAUCUUGCAGUAUCUUCAGUAUCUUGCAGUUCCUCACGGUAUCGCUUUGACCAGUAAUAGUCGAGUGUUUUGGUAACAUCAUGCAGUCACGUGUGUUGGUGCGACCAACUGAGUAUAGUUUGUAGACGCUGCACCUCAGUCAGAGGAGAAGAAGUGGGGAAGUGGCAUGAGCAACAAACUAAAGUAGCCUUCUAUUGUGCCUUUACCUGUGUACUCAACACUGUGAAGAACGUUUUGUGUGGCACUUACCUUGGACAGGCCAGGUCCACAAUAAAUGGCGAGCCAAGGAGCAGGCCUAGGGCCUACAUCACUAUUCAGUCUCAUCUGUCUGAAUUAGGACUGUCCUGCCUUUGGUCAGCCAUUCUGGGUGGGUCCCAUCUCUCAGCAGUUGGUUAAUUUUUGCUGCCAGGCACUCAUUCACAGGCCUGGUGCCCUCCAGUCCUUCAAACCUGAGCCUUUUUUUUUGGAUGCUCCUGCUGCUAUGAUGGUCACAGCAUGUUGUUCAGGGAGAUUGAUGUGGUCUACUCUUAGAUCAGUUAGCCACUGUGCAUCAUUGUUAUGUAAUGCUUCUUUACAUUUGCCUUUACAUUAUUCUUCAGUCUCCAGCCUUGGUGGAUUAGCUCAUGUUAUUACCCUGCUACUAAGAGUACACUUUGGCUGGUUCAGUGGAGAACCGUUGGUUUAUUUGCCUGGCCUCUGUCUCUAUUGUGUACUUCUUCAUUCGGGUGGCCAAGGCUUGGAGUCUUUGUUUAGCAGUUUCCAAGGCCUCAGGUAUGGGCAUCUGUCUGUACCUCUUUUCUGGAGUUCUGACAAUUGGCUGACCUCUCUCUCUCUCUCUCUCUCUCAUUAUAUAUAUAUAUAUAUAUAUAUAUAUAUAUAUAUAUAUAUAUAUGGUGGGCACUGCCCUUAUUCUCCUUGGCAUUCACUUUAUGUUGAAGGGAUCACUGUUGCCAUACUGUACAUCAGCUCAUUGUUCUCAGUGAUGUUUGCAGUGAGAAUCAUUCGUAUCACUGCAUUCACAUUGGCUAGGAUCUGUGGACAUACUUCACUAAUCCUUGCUAGUUGGUAUCGGGGUUGACAGGUGCUCAUCUUAGCUAUGAUCUUAUGAUCUAUCAUAAACUCCCCUAUCUGACCUGGCAUCCUGGCUCCCCCUUGCGGUAGCAUUAACGUGAUGUAUCUCCUCAAUCGCUAGUUGUGAUAGAAGCUGCUGUUUGUGAAUUUUGUAGCACUGAGCUACUAGCUGUUUUGAUAGCAUUGACUGUGGGUUUUGAAGCAACCAUAUAUCCCUCAGCCUGUUCAUGUAACCCCCCUAGCUAGGGUUACUGGAUAAGUAGCAUUCCAACAGAGCCUUAGGCUACAUUCCGACUGCACUGUGCAGUUCCCUGCUACGUGGACUACACAAGGUAUAUAGACAUAGACAGAAUAUGAUGGAGCCAGAACAAGAAUUCAUUUCAGUCAGGAUCACUUAAGUCAAAAUUAAUUAUUUAUUACAAGCAAACGUUUUUACUUUGGUGGUAUGGCUCUGUUCUGAGGGUUCCCUGCCCUUCCAUGUGCUUGCACAGAAUGGCUCUAAGAGGGGAGAGCUCCUCCCUUCCCUUUCAUGUGCAUACAUGAGGAGCCAGGCAGAGAAGCAGUCGCAAAUAAAUUCGAUUAAGAUAAAUAAAUAAAACUCUCCCAAAACACCAUAUCAUGCCACGGCUAUAAGGAGGGGAGAGCUCCUCCCCUCCUUUUCAUGUGCAAACAUGAGAGCCAAGGCAGUAGCAAAAUAAAUACGAUUAAGAUAAAUACAUUAAAAUCCCCCAAAACAACUAUACAAUGCCCGGCUAUAAGAGGGGAGAGCUACUCCCCUCCUUUUCAUGUGCAUGCAUACAUGAAAGCCAAAGCAGCAGCAAAUAAAUAUGAUUAACAUAAAUAAAUCAAAAGCCUCCAGAACACCCAUACCAGGCAACCCUCCCCAGCUUCAUGAGCUACAUGAAAGCACCUACAGGGGAGGGAGAGCAGCAGCAAGAAACUAUGAAGCAACCUACCCACCUCCAAAGCUUGUGUAGUAUAGGGUACCCUCAAACAUGAUCGUGGAACAGGAUUCAUUUCGUCCAUACACAUAUUUAUAAUUGGAAAUAUUCUUAAGAAUACCAUAUAUAUUGGACAGAGUUAUGGCGCAGCAGCAUUUUUCUGGUAAUGGUGGUCUGAGUCCCUGUGAAUGCACUUCAGCAGUGUAAUGAACCAAUGGGACCACUGACCCAUUGCCUUGAGCGUUGAGAAGGGGACAAUAGAGGACGCCGUUGCAGCUGCAUCUAUGUGUAGAGUCGCGCUCGGGUGGGAGCAAGCAGGAUUGGCAGAGCAGGCAAAGGUGAGCAGGAACCAUGAUCUGGAUAUAGGUUUCCCUUCUUCGGUGGCAGAGAGACGCUCUUGCUAGCUGGCCAGUGGCUGGCCUUUCAGGCAGCGGGACAUGGAGGACGAAGGACAAAGUCAGAGCUAGUUCGAGAAAUAAAUAAAUAUGAAUAGAUGGGUUUUCAAGCAGACUGGUGGUGGAUGGUUCAGACAGCGCAGAUGGAACUGAAUAUCCCCUACAAGUCCUUUAAUUUUGCGAGAUUCAAAACAGUGGACUAUUAAUGCACAUACAAUUGAUAUAUUUACAGCACUGGAGCUUCAGAGAAGGUGGUACAAAAGAGGUAAAGUGAGACCAUGCAGAAUUAUAUUAACUUAAAUGCUGAUUUUGCUUAACCAGCUCUCGUAUAGCAGGCUGCAGAGAGGACAUAAGUUUGCAAGACUGCGCUCAGACUAACACAGUCUGAAUGAAUGGGGAACAGGUCAGGCUGGAUGGCGCUGUCUCCGGGCACAACUGGCGGAGUUUUUGAAGAUUGAAUUGGGACAGGAAUCAGUAUUUUGGUUUUCCUAGCCUGGAAUAUGGACUGCUCAAAUAAUGAAAUUUACCCAAGACAGGUAAGGCGCCUCAUAAACCUAUUAUUAAAUGGAACUGAAGAGUGCCCUUGUUAAUGAUUUUAACGGUUGCCUCAUUGUCACGAAAAGAAAAUCUGUUUCCUGGACCAAUGUUUACCCCAUAGGAGGCCAGAUAUGACAACUGGAUACAGGAGGAGAGCAGUUGAAGACAUGUUUUUUGGCAGAGAAGACAGUUCAUUUGGCCAAAUAUCAGCAACCAUUGAUUAUUAAAUUAUUAAAUGGUGCUGUGACUCGAGUAUUUAUGCGUAGCUAUGCCUGAAGGAUUAAUGCUGGUAAUUGAAGGGUGACUUAGCAUAGCGGCCAAAUGUGAAUACUUUCUUAACCUCCUAUCAAUCAACUAUUUCAGGAUCUUUCAUUGCAGAUUAUAAAUUUAUUUUUACACACAAACAACACUUUUGGCAGACAGACCAAACCUGCUAGGAACCCCUAAAUCAAAUAAUUCACAAACAGCAGUUGGGAUGCUUUGCCAGUGCCUUCCCCAGCUCAGGGAUAUUUGACAGCGUAAACAGCUUUAUUCUUCUUUUUUACAAGACAGGUACGUCUUGGGCGUGCUGAUUUUUUAGAUAACCAUCCCUGUAGUAACUUGGCCUUGCCGAGUUGUAGACUUAAAAGAAGCUUGUGUAGGGGAAUCUCUUCAUACAGUUAGGUUAAGAAAUGUAGAGUAAUUAUAUUUUAGUAAGAAGCUACAAAGAAUCUAGGUUGGCCUGCUCCUGCAGCCCCACGACCAUGAGAUUGUAAGCAAGGCUGUCUUGCAGGAGCCCAAACUAUCUGUCUGUUGGAACAUGUAAUCUCUGCCAGGGUCAAGACGAACCUAAACAAAGUGUCGUGGGGCAGACAUGUCAUCGUGAGGGGCCUUCUGGAGAAGUCACACACACACACACACACACACACACACACACACACAUAUAACAGCAUAAAAGAGAGUAGAAGUAAAGCUAGAGAGGCUUCCUUGGGUCUUGGUCGAGACUCUGUUUGUCAUCUGUACUGAUUUCUACAUCUGUACUAUUAAAGUGCCCAGGCUGUUCUUCAGAUCUCAUCAUGUCUCCUGUGCAUUGUUUAUGCUGGACUUUCCACAACAUAAUUGGCGAGCUUUAGCCAGAAUUCGUUUCGGGGGACAAGGGACCAUGGGUCUGCGAACUUCACAUGGGAUAAGGACACUCUGUGGCCACAAAAAGAAAAAGGUAGGAUAUUUCCUAAAAUUUGGUUGAGAGUUCUUCUCCCUGUGAGGUGGUGCGGACUACUGUUCUCUGUCCUCUUCGAAUCAAAGAACCUAGAAUAGAAAUAAGAGGAGACAGUGGAAAUGAAGACAGUCUGAGAAAACUGCAUGCAUGCAGUCAGCUGAUCAAAGUGUUAGGGAAAAUUUGGGAAAGGAAGCCAAUUUAAAUUGGAUAUAUAUCAGCUGAAUAUAGGGGAAACUGCAGUUGGUUGUGUCAGAUCGCCUCACGCUGCUACAUGCGUGAGACUAGAAGAUAGUAGACUGGGUGCAGAGAAGCACUUCGUCUCCUUCAAAGGGUGAGAUUGCCUCACGCUGUUACGUGUGUGAGAUUGCCACAUGUGAAGCUAUAGGCUGCAUGUGUGAGAUGCCAUAUGUAGAGCUAUAGGCUGCUGCAUGUGUGAGAUGCCAUAUGUAGAGCUAUAGGCUGCUGCAUGUGAGGAAUGCCAUAUGUAGAGCUAUAGGCUGCUGCAUGUGAGGGAUGCCAUAUGUAGAGCUAUAGGCUGCUGCAUGUGUGAGAUGCCAUAUGUAGAGCUAUAGGCUGCUGCAUGUGUGAGAUGCCAUAUGUAGAAGCUAUAGGCUGUUACAUGUGUGAGAAGCUAUAGGCUGGGUGCAGAAGCACUUCGUCUUCUUUAAAGGGUGAGACCGCCUCACGCUGCUAUAAGUGUGAGAUUGUCAUAUGUGAAGCUAUAGGCUGGGUGCAGAAAAGCACUGGCCAGUAGCUUGGGGAGACAGCCGGGCCCGGGUUGUGAUGUGUUUUUUUUUAGGCUGAAUGCCUGGAGAUAAAAUGGUUCUGGGUAAUUUUUGGGAUAACAAGGGGAGCGUCAGACACGAGUGUGUCUGUCCAUUGUUGAACUGUGAGUUUUAGACCAUCUUUCAUGAGCUCUGAAAGGUGGCAGCCGAUGGACGAGCAGAUUCAUCUCGUAAUACAUACGUGGAUUUUCUUUCUGGAAAACUCGAAAACUAGAAAGGAGGAUUUGUCAUGCGGAGUUCCGCUGAGGCUUAAGAAAAAGCCAAAAGGAGAACGAAAGUGGCAUAUUUCCUCAUAAAUUCUGAUCCAGAACUCUAGAGGGCCGAAUAAGUAUAAUGACGGAAUAGUAGAUAUUUGAAAUGCACAUAUAUAUAUAUUUCUUUUAUAUGUCAAAGACCUCACAAAAUCAGUGUUAUAAUUGGACUUAAAUUACAGACACAGAUUGGCUUGAUGAGCAGGAGAUAGAAAAAGAAGUCAAUAAGGAUAGGCUGAAAAGCCUAUUCAGGGAUCCCAAUUGAACAAGCACGUCCCAUAUCUCCUGACCAAUUGUAGAAGAAUCACACAAAUUGAAAAAAUCACACAAAUUGGAAAAAAUUGAAGAAAUCAAAACAAGAAUUAAAAUAGAAGACUGCUGACUGACUCCAGUGACUGACUUUGACUUCAAACACGUGUGAAAGGGUAUACCAUUGUGUGAUGAAAAAGUGAAGUGUGUGGGUUGAUUGGAUGUUUGUGUGUGUCUGUUUUGUUCUGUGUCAACUAAGUUCUCUGGCAGUGUUCACAGCCAGACUGCAUCUGUGUGUGUGUUAUGCUAGUCAAAGAUUGCUGUGUUUUCCUCACUUGUGUUUAUUUCAUAGUUGUGUAUGUGAAUACUGUGCUCAUUGCGGUCAUGUUAUCAGUUGAGACAUAGAAGGUUAAACACUCCUGGGAAAGAGGUUCUGUUCCUAGUACCAUGAUGAACACUCCUGAUAUGAAGGUUUAGCUUAUGCUCAAAUAUUAUGUUUUUUUGUUGUGAACACAUGUCUUAUGCUCCUUAACAAAUUUUCUGUGUUAAAGCUCCUGAAAUAAUGUUUGUAAAAGUAUAAAAGAUACAAAAGGGGGAAAAAGAAAUGAGGUACCACAAGUGCAAAACUUCUAAAACUUCAAAUCUAAGAGUUGCUUCUGUAAAUCUGCUGUUUUUGCCAAAAUACUGUGUUUUUUAAAUAUUAUUGAAGCUGUUAAUAUCAACACUGAUUAUUGCUAUAGAACUGCAGUUAAGGCAAAAGCUUUAUACUGUGUAUUUUUGGGGAAUUUUACAAAACUGCUGGGGAUCAAGUUUUAAUGUGUGUGUUCAUUGGAAUAAUAAAUUUUACAAAAACCAUGACCAGAAAGGGAAGAUUAGUUUAACUCCAAUUGCAUUGGUAGGGUGUAAAUAUACUGAACACUUAAGUGAUAUCCAAAAACUUACAAAGAAAUGGGAACAUUGAGUCAAGGGGUUUGAAUUUUUAUGACCUAGGGGAGGCACAUCUGAUGUGACUGUGUGUGAGGAUUUGGAGCAGUGAAUCUAAGACCAUAAACACAAAGAUAAAAGUAAAACACGCAAAAACAAGAGAUAUGGAACUAAAAGUAGUGGACAUGUUCAAAGGUUUUUGUCAUUCUUAUACUUUAGAGUCCAAUUUUAGAUUUUAAGUCAUACUGUGACCUUUUUGAACCUGAUUUCAACGUUCUUCUUGUGUAUUUGCUCUUUAAAUGCAUUACUUUUCUCUUUUUAAAUCAUGCUCUGAUCUUUUGAACUAAUAAAAAAGAAUAGAAUAAAAACUACAUUUUUUCUAUCUUAGGUUGCCUUUAAACUUAUUAUUAUUAUUAUUAUUUUCUUAUUUAUCUCUUUUGAAUUUCCAAAUGAUUUAUAAUCAUUGCUAUUUUUUCCCCAUAUGUUUUGAAAAGGAAAUUGACAGUUUUGGUGAAAUGUUGACCCUCUUUGGCCCUGAGGUUAGACCUAAAUCCAGAUUAUGGCCCUUGCUGUGGUUGAGUUUGACACCCCUGGCCUAGAUUAUGUUCGCUUGGAAAUGCACUGAUAGUAUGUUUUCAAUCUUAAGAAAUGGCACACAGGCGAGCUAUGUGCUGUGGAAAACCACACACCUUGUUGGGCUGAUUGCCAGACUACCACAAACUGAACAGGGGGCAGGGAGAUGGAUAUCGGUUUUUGAGGAUGAACUGUAAAGAAAAUGUUGACUACACCAGACAUGAAAGCACUCUUGGCUAAACUGCUGGGAACUAAGACGAUGGAGGAGUUUCUGCACAAGGCAAAACAAGGUUGGCUGAUGAAUCCCAUGAUAGAUGGGAGUGAGUUCAAUGCAUAUUGUGAUGUGAUGUGGAGGGUGCUCCCAGAUGAAGAGCGGAGACUGAAAGAACAGGAAAGAACAUUCAGCGGAAGUUGAAACAGCCACCUCUAAGGAAGACACCGCAAAAGAGACCCAGCGAUGCAGACCGUGCAGAUGCUAACUGCGGUAAAACCUGUGACAGUAACCUGUUUAAUCACCUGUUGUGAAUGUUUAUCCUCAGACAGAACCCUGCUCCAUAGAGAGGAUAUAUCCUGGCAGGGGGAGAGAGUGGAAUUCUGACGGACGUGUGACGUCUAAAGACCUGCUGGGGAUGUGAUCAUACCGGACAUUUUUGACAACUGCCCAGACCAGGGACGUCUCUGGCUGGAGCUGUGGUGGGGGGCCCCGGCCCAGACAAUGUGAAAGUGGUGGCUUACUACAGUGUGAUUUUUGCGGAUGAUGGAAAAAGUUAAUUGUUAGUUUUAAUUUUAACCCUGUUGACCUUAUAGACCAAAGAGCCCUAUGUAGAAGUAACAUUCAAAUUUGGUGCUCACCGCAAGGUGUGUAAGUGGAGAGUUAUGGUUUAUAGUUUUAAGUAAAUAUCGUGACAUUAGCAUUGUAACAUUCCUGUUCUGUUAGUUUAAUACUGAUAAAUCUAAAUGCAGCUGUGCUGAAUCCACAUACACUCCUCACAGAUGUGCCAUCUAAUGUAAAAGUAAUAGGAAGCUAUCAAAGGUCAAUAAGGCCACAGAAAAUGGUUUAGAGUUAAAUAAUUAGUUUUUGUACCAGUAGUAUUAACAAACGAACUUAGGAUCUGACUUUCACAGUGAUUCACACUGUGCAAGGGGGGAGAUAAUGAGACAAUUAAAACGUGAAGAUUUUUAGAAUAUUCUGACAAUAGUUGAUAAACUCUUGGGCCAUUGUGAUAUGUUUUUUUAGAUAAAUUAAAGAGACCAAUAAAACAGUACUGGGACACUUUUCCAGUUCCAGAGAGAUGUUUUUAGACAUCUAUUUAUAGACAAUGUGGACAUGAUUAAAACGGCCAAGGAAAAUGUUACAUGGUUGUAAUGAUGACAGGUUCAGUCGAUGGAUAGAAGCAACACCAUCAAAAGAUCUUGGAGUCAAAAUAAAUCUGUCAUUGCAUGAUUUGGUACAUCAUUUUGGGGAAGAAAGUUAAUCUCUCAAGUAAAUAUCUGAUCAGAGAAUUUGCACUAACAAUAACCUAUAGGAAGAUGCUUUUGCUACUUGCGCUUAUGAGCUUUCACAAUCAAAAGCACUGAGAUAAAUCUUUCACUGCAUGAUUGACUAACUUACAAAGCUAUGCUUUACUGCGGCUAAAUAAUUAAGUUUUUCGCUUGAGCAGCUGAAAAUUAGUGAAUUAAAUAUAUGAGGCAGCUAACUACGAUGCAAAGAUCUAUCGAUUAGUAGGAGGAGUGCCAAAAUCUGAUCCCAGUCAAGAGGUGGAGGCCAGUCGAGCCAGAGCACCAGGUGUACAUCACCGUCCUUUGAGGAGGGUGGCACAAAGAACGAGGAGAAGAACUGAACACUUUGGUCCUGGUGAAUCUACUUCAGUGCAAGAAGAGGGCAAUAAGAUGUGGUGUCAUCUACCACUGACUGCCCAGAAAAAACAAGGGAAGUAUGACUUGAUAAGAGACGCUCCCAGAAUGACUGUAGCACUCGUCCUGAAAGUAACUGUUUUCCUGGUGUUGCUGCUGAGGGACAAUGUGUGGAGAGAGACCGAGAGAGAGACUGAUGACAACAAUGAGGGUGAAGGUCAAACUGGUGCCAGUACAGCUGUGAGAAGAAGAAGUGGGAGACAUUGUUAUCGCGGGUGAGUACGAUGCAACCCAAAACACAAUCCACACCACUCCAGACAGAGCUAGAACCCAUGCCAACAUUCACAGAUUAUUACAGAUUUACAAUGAGGUUAAAUAGAUAAUAAAAUUAAAAAGAAUUUUUUUAUAUAUAUAGAUAAUCAGAAACAAGAGAGCCCUACACACUAAGUAGAUCUCAGAUAUUGGAGGAAAGGUUCCAGAUGAAUUUAUCACAUAGGGAGUAAAAUGAAUGCUGAAAAGUCGUGUGUGGCAAUAAAAUAACAGCUGGAGGUGGUAAAUGGGGAAGAGAUUUUUGCCAGAUUUUUACAAAUAAGAGAACUGUUUUUUUAAAUGUAAAAUUAAGUAAUUAUGUGAAAGGAAGAUGUGUUUGAUUUGAUUUUGUUUGAUUUGAUUUGUUGAUUAUUCAGCGAAGAUGUUUAGAUUAAAGGAUAUUUACAUGUAACAAGUCCAGUAACAUGUCAAUACAGACAAGCAUUAAAUUAGGUAUUUGAAGAGAAAAGAUGUGUCUUAAAAGUUUGGAAAGUACUGUCGCAGAUACAUUUCUAACAAAACAAGCCCCUGGGGGAGGUUUUUCUAAAGCUAUGAAGGGUAUGGAAAGCUAAAAGUGGAAAUGCGGGAGAAUGCUGGUAAGGGGGGCCUGUUAAUGGACUGGGUGGUCCAAAUUUUAGAUGAAUGAGAGCCGUUUUGGCCCAGCCAUGAGUGCUGCGAUAGCCCUAUUUCUGAUUUCCUUUCUCACAUGUCGCAUCGUACACAUUCUUUGGAGACAUUGUUGGAAGCUGACGGAGGAGAUGGGACUUAUGGUGGACCUAACACUGGCCCAUGAACUACAGGAAAUGCCACCAAAACAGCUGGCACAGUGUGUGAUUGAUCAAGGAGGGACUGAGGGACCUGAACGGUUCCUGGACUUGGUACCUGGACAGAAGACGAAGAUGAGCAAUGGACUUUGAGCAACACAAACAACAUAUUCAAUGAGCUGGAAAUAUUGAACUGAACAUGUUUCAUUCACAGAGUUAAAGGACUGCACUAAUCACAUAUUAAUCAAGAGGUUUGUCGCAGGUUGCUACAAUGUAAUGUAAUGGUAUUAUCAGAAGUUGACACUUCUUCUAUGCAAAUGAAAUUAUAUCAGCGCAUCCAGGAAAUGGAUGGUCGCCAGGGCGCGGGGCCGUAAGAUUCUUUCCCUGCUGAAACAGCCGAGCGGGGUUUUCAGUCUUACGCGUUGAUAUAAUUUGAAAUGAUCCAAGCUAUGGUAUGGUGUUUAGUGUUUGAUAUGAUGGUUAGGUUUUUAUGAAAGUAAGAACUUUCAAAGGGGGGAUGUGUAGGGG